ACAAGCUUGGUCCUCAGCGGGAAGCGGCUGUUCUUGGCGCCUGACUGGAAGCGAGCGAGCGAGCUGGCAAGAGGGCUUUUGGCGAAGACAACCCGGCAGCGCGUGAGGCCCUCCCUCCCUCCGCUCUCACUGGGUGCCCCACUGGGUGCCCGGACCAACUGCCAGUCAAUUAGUCCGACUGAGCGGCCAGGGAGGCGUCUCGGCGGCGGUGGCGGCGGCAGCGGUUGCCGCCUCAGGCAGAUAGAGCGACCCUCCUCGGAGGGCGUUGAGCGGGAGGGGCCGGGCGAGUACGAGACCGGCAGACGCCCUUCUGUCUGUCUGUGUCUGUGGCGGGUGAUAGGCAGGUACCUCCUCCGCCAUUAAGGGCAGAAGGACAGAUUCCCCGCUUCCCCAGGAAAUUUGCGUCAGUUUAUCAAGCCUUUUCUGUGCUCCCUCCCUCCCAAUAAUCCCGCUCAAGGCGGGGCGCAGAUAGUCCGUGCGCUUUACCGGGGCGGAGGCAGGUAGCUUCCAUUCACUCUGAAUCUUGUUGGGAACAGGCGGGAUAUUCUCCCCUUAUUUCCCUGCUGAGAGUCCCGUCUCCCCCACAUCACCCUGUGGGGGGCAGCUAGGCAUGUAUCCCUCUUGCAGAGAAGCUGAUAAGACAUCGCGCCUUUAAAAAAGAAGAAUAUUGGGAAAGAAUCCGGCAGCCCCCACCCCUUUUUUAAAAAAGAAAAACCCCUCCCAUUGACAGGCUGAGCACACGUAGCACUCCCCUUUCCUUCGGGCGAGACACAGGCAGAGAGAAUUGCCCUUUCUCGUUUGGGGGGCUGCUCUUCUCUUCUUUCGCCCGUCCUUCCACCCCAAGAUGCUGUCGCCGCCGCCGCCUACCCCCCUGUAGCUGAGCCCCAGUGCAGGGCGAGGCUCAGACCGUCGGCGUGCCGGCGCCAUGGAGCGCCGAGGGGAGGCUGCCGCCGCUGCCCUCCCGCAGACCCUGGACUUCACCGUGGAGAACGUGGAGAAGGUGAGAGGUGGGGAGGAGGGGCCGCUUUAGGGUACCUGUGUUGGGGUUGCGGGGUGGCUUGGGUGGAAGUGCCUUAUCCUGCACCCCAGUUAAUUUUCGCACACGGGAUUAGGAGCUUUCAAUGUGCUCAGGCUUUUAGUGUACAUUUGUCUCAGGCAAUCCUGUCUUGAGUUCCAGUAGUUUUGUACUUCACCUAUUCGGUGGGCAUAGCUGCUCCCAUCUUGAUCUUUUUCAGGGGACUGAGAGUGCCCUUGGCAUGUUAUUGGUCUCUGACAUUGGCUUCACGGUUUAAUUUGCACUACUGUAGCCUCUGAAUCCCACUGAAUCGCACACACACUCUCUCUCUUUGGAGUGGCAGUAAUAUUGGUCCUUAUGUUAUAAUCUGGGAACCUUUCCUCCGCUUACCUGCUUCUGAGAGCGUAUCAUGAUGAGCCUGGCGGGGGGGCUGACACUACUGCUGCUGGCUUGAGGGGGCAUUUGCAGAAGUGAUGAUCUGCCCUGACAGCAUACCCAAAGGCAUCCUGUUACUCAUUGAAUCCUUAGCAUGUCAUAGUCAGAACUCAUGGCACUUUGGGCUUUCUCCUUUAGCUUCACUCCUCAGGAGAUACCCUCUAGUUGUAGAAAGCAAAGUGGCCUUUAGAAACACACCUGGAAAAUGAACUGUUGUCUGGUGACUGCUUUAUUCUUUUGGCAGUUGUGUAAUCACCUGCCUCUGUUCUCUUUUAGAUGUAGGUAUAAAUGUUCCCUAAUUCACAGGAGUUAUUUAAAUGGUAUUGUAAUACUGGCUAUGACUCCUGGCAUCUCCAUGUAAAAGGUUCUGAUGGCAGGUGAUGGGAAAGACCUCUGUCUCAGACCCUGGAGAGCUCCUUCCACUUAGAAUAGUCUGUCAUAGUAUAAGGCAGCUUCCUAUAUUUACAUGAAUUUUGUAAUGAGAGUAACCUUUUAUUUUUGAGGGCCUCAUUCCCUUAGCAGUUGUCUGUCGGGGACUGCAUGCUGAUCAUGGGUGGGGCUGCCACCAGCUUUCCUUUCUCUUUUCUGCCACUCCUUACUUCUCUCUCUCUCUCUCUCUCUUUCUCUCCCUCUCUCCUCCUUCUCCUCCUCCUCCCUGGCCAGCAGGCUGGGGGCAGGGGGAGAUCACUCUUGCCAGAGAUGGCUUGCUGAGGGUUUUUAAAAAUUGGUUAGCAGGUAGCCCACCUCUGCUAUAGGCAUACCACAACUUCACUGGCAAAUAUGCUAGACUAGAGUGAGUGCCACCACUUGGUUCAAGGCUAAAGAGGAUCUUACCUAUGUAAUUGUUCCACAUUCCUUCACUGUAAUGCUUUUGCAGCUAUUUCUCAAAAUUCUUUGUGGUGGCCUUGUGGAAGGCAGGCUGCUAAUUAAAAUACAAUUGUGCUUCAGAUUUAUACAAUGCAUUUUUGAAAGAUCAGAAACAACCAUAUACUGUAGACAAGUAUUUUUGUUCCCAUGUUGCAGAUUGAAUGUUGAAGCUGAUGAAUAGUAGCUUAUUCAAGACUAUCUAGUGAGUUUAUGUGUGGAUUGAAGAUGGACUUCCCAAUCAAAGCUCACACUCAUAGUCACUACAGUAUAUUGCAGUAAAACAGCUCUUUAUCUGUAUCCAGGUAAACUAUCCUUAUCUCUGGACUGUGAUGUGCUGUAUAAUGGACAUUAACAAGGAGAAGCAAGAAGAAUGGAUGCUGUGGUACUAGUUACUGAAAGGGCACCAUAUUUCUUGAGGCUCCAUCUUAAGUUGUGGGGCAGUCUGUGUUAUGAUAAUAGUGAAGAUUUCACUUUGCCAAGUGAUUGGUGUCUUAACUGUUGCUGCCUGUUUGUAAGAAUAAAAUUCUACACUUACAAGAUAGAAAAGCAUGAGCUUGGAGCUGUUUUUGAGAGGUUGUUAAGGAAUGAUACUUAGAAAUAUCUAUAACUAUGUGUUUUUGGAGAUUUCACUCAAGUGUAAGUAGAACUCCAAUCUGCUCCCGUUUCCCACAUUGGGCAUAUGUAUAAUUCAUUAUAAUUGAUUAUGAUGAAUAUAAUUUAUCUUUAAAUGAAAAGGAACAUUUCUAGCCUCCAGGUUUUUGAAGGUGGGCUUGAAAAUGUGUGAACAAUAUCUGAUGAAAUAUUGAAAGCCAGGGAUACCUUGUAAGUUUCCUAGGGGCCAUGGAACUGGAGCUCUGUGGCCUGCAUAGCUCCAUGUCUAGGAAAAGCAGAAUAAGUGCACUCACUUUGAAUAAGUUAUACAUACUACAGAAAUUUUAUCUUCCUGGUUGAAACUGGGAUACUUUGGCCUGAAAGAAAUUAAAAAGCAGUUUAGGGUUAGUCCUGAACAGUUUAUUUUUCUCCCCUUCUGUUGAGUAAAGUUCUGCAGGAUGGAAAUUGUUAUUUCUGUUAAACAACACACAUCUUCCAUUGUGGCUUUGUAGAGUGCUCUUUUGUGGACCUGUCACUAUUCAGGCAGCUUUAACCUGCCUUUGCUGCCCAUUGUAUUUUCAGAAGCACUGGAGCAGCCACUCCCUAUUGCACCCUGAAUUCUGUCAUUCUGCUCGUGUUAAAUUGUCACACAGGUUCCAGGCAGCUAACUAGUAGGGAUUAUGACAUUUAGCCCUCUUCCUAGCAAAGCCCAGAUAGUGACAACUCACCAAGGUACAUCUUUAGCUGGAUAUGGAACCUGACUUGCUUCCCUUUCUUUGUUUAUUAGAUCCAUAGCCAGGAAUGGCAGACUCCUAGUCCAAGAUUUUAGGCCAUGAUGUUAAAAACCUCCCACUAUCAUAGUGCAUAUGGAAUAAGGGUUUGUGCCUUUCUGCAAAGUUAUGUAGCAGCACUAGCUUUUGUGGCCUAAUCUGUUACUGGGUAAUGCUGCUUUAUAAUUCCCUCUGGAAGGAACGCACAGGCAGCUUCUUUGUGCGAGCUGACAAUAGAGCAAAUGUUGACAUCAAGAAAGGUCAGUACACCCCAGGUGGUGAUUAGCUCAGCAAGUGCUGGGGUAGAAGUUGGAGCCAUCAGGGGUGUGCCAGAAUGGCUUCCACACUGGCUGGGAAGGGCUGUAGCAGGCUCUCAAGGAUGCUUCGGCUCCCCACCCCCCCGUCUGUCUCAAACCUUCUUUGCUUCGCUGCCUAGCACUGCUUGCAUCAAGCUUUCCCGUAAGAUGCAACUGUUAUGCUAUAACAGUGGAGAUUGGUUGGCUGACUGAGGAGGAAGGGUGUAAGCAGGCGAUUGUGCCAUAAUAGUCUGUAUUUAGUGCCAGUUUAUGCUGCAGGAAGCAUUGACUAUUGGGGUCAAGAUACAGGUUUUUGAGUAGGGUCAAAUCUGCCAUGCAUUUGACUCAUCAGCCCAAGGCUUUUUUUUGCUGCAAGUGACAGAAAGUGGUACUCUGCCAGGGUAGAUUCAGACUGCUUUCUUACACACGUGGUGUAUUUUUGUAAUAACAAUCCUCUCUGGUCUUGAGGCUGCCUCUUCAUGGCAGGUGCCACAGAUCCAGGGAGUCAGCAUCUAGCCAAACCAAUAUGCUCAUGCUCCAGUUCAGCCCUGAGGUGACUGAGUAGGCUAACCAGCUUUUGCAGGAGCUCAUAGAUUUGAUUUGUAGUUAUCACUGUACCAGACAUUUAGACUAAAGUAGUUAAUGACAUCUUGCUGUCACAGGCAGGGGUUGAACUAAUACUAGGCACUUCUUUCGUAUUCAGUGCAGAGCUACCCAACCUCACACAUUAGUAUAUGAAUAAAGACGCUUAAUUGGUUCUGAAUGUUUGAAUUAUCCAGUUCAAAACUUCAGUGAGCAGGGGAAGCUUGGGAAAAGCAACACAAAGGACAAGGAAGUUAAAACAGUUAUACCAAUUAAAGUGCAGCUUAGAUUUUAACCCUAAGGAAUAUUUAUGGUACAGUGUUCAAAACAUUGGGGUUUUUUGUGGGUUUUUUUGGGAAAGGUCUUUCUUACUCUUAGCCAUAGAGCAAACCAGGUAGCUUUUCUGUUUCUUAGCCUAGACAAGCUAGCUUUUCACACAGGAGUACAGACAGGAUGCAAGAAACUCCAAUGAAACCAGAGACAUGCCCUUACAUCUAAAGCCUUUUUGGUCUUGUGAUAACACAGGCCCAUUUGGCUUAGAGUGAAGUAUUCUGGUUGCAUUUCACAUUGGAUAAAGGCUUCAGGUCAGAGGCAAGGGUGUAAAUUGCCAUUUUGCGCUUUUUAUAGGGUGACCCUAAGGAGGUGACUUAUCUCCCAGCAGAAGCCACGGGAUGUGAAAAUGUAUAGAGGAAUUAUCUUAUGCUGUGUGUAAUGCAACAAUUGUUUGGGGUACAGGAAAAAAUGGUUGCACUUUCAAUAAGAGAUGUGUAAAAAAUUCAUAUUUCUCUGGCUUCAACAAGUUGGUAAAAAAUAGAAAAAAUGAAUCUGAAGAUGGGAACAUCUUGGAAACACCACAUUUCCACCACUGGAAGACAUUGGGUUGAAUCUGUACACACAUGCACUCCACUCUUCCUAUAGCCAUCUUGAUGGUACUUAGGCAGCAGUUCCUGUUAACUUUAUGGCUUCAACAUCAGACAUAACCUUUCUGCAUUUGUGUGAUUGUGUUUGUUCUCAAUCCAGUGUGUUUUAAUGGUUAAAGUGUUGGGCUAUGACUUGGGAGACCAGAAUUUGAAUCUCUAGUCAGCCAUGAAGCUCACUGGGUGACCUUGGAUUUCUCAGCCAAACUACCUCACAGGGUUGAUGUGGGGAUAAACUGGGGAGGGGAGAGCCAUGUAGACCACACUGAGCUCCUCGAAGGAAAAGGUGAUAUAUAAAUGAAAUUAAUAAAUCAAAUCCUCCCACGUCCCCUGCUAUUCCCCUUUUCUUGUGGGCAUGUGUGUGUAUUUGAGGUGAGGGCUGUAUCAUCUAGGCUCUCUCCCUGGAUAAAAAGGUUUUGGUUUCCAUCACUUCUAAUUUGAGGUGGUGAGCCGCAGGCCUGUGUGAUGUGACAGCUGAGACAGCUGCCUUCAGACCAAGAUAUUGGGGAAUAGAAAUACAAGUGAAUCUGCCUCUUUGACUCUUUAAAAAUGCUGUUGCUGAUUUACUGUUGUCAAAGUAGUCUGAAGAUCCCCUUCCUUGUAUGCAACUGGGAGUAGCUUUCCUGACCUGCUCCUUUUCCAGUAAAUUUCCAUAGUACUGUUGAGGAUUUCAUUGGACUUUCAGGGUAUAGUAGCAUUUCAUUUCAAAUGGAAGUCUGAAGAAUGAUAGUGGUCGCGAGUGCAAGCCUUAGCUCAAGUUUCACCGGCUGGCCUUGUUUACUUAGAAUCAUAGAAUUGUAGAGUUGGAUGGGACCCUUAGAGUCAUCACUACUCUAACACCCUGUAAUGCAGAUAUCUCAACUAAAGCAUUAAUGACAGAUGGCUAUCCAACUUCUGCAUGAAAACUUCCAGUGAAGGAGAAUCCACCACCUUCCGAUGGAGUCUGUUCCAAUUGUCAAGCAGCUCUUACCAUCAAAAAGUUCUUCCUAAUGUUUAAUUGGAAUCUCAUUUCCUGUGAAUUGAAUCCAUUGGUUUGGGUCCUAGCCUCCAAAGCAGGAGAAAACAAGCUUGCUGCAUCUUCCAUGUGACAGCCCUUUAGAUAUUUAAAGAUGGUUGUCUUUCUCAUCUUUACAUACCCAACUCCUUCAACCAUUCCUCAUAAGGCUGGGUUUCCAGACCUUUGAUCAUUUGGUUGCCUUCCUAUGCAUAUGUUCCAGCUUGCCAUUAUCUUUCUUAAAUUGUGCCCAGAACUGGACACAAUACUUUAGAUGUGGUCUUACCAAAGCAGACUAGAGUGGUAAUAUUGCUUCCCUUGAUCUGGACACUAUACUUCUGCUGAUAACUGGGUUAUUUUGUCUUAUGCCUGGUCUUAUGAAUCAUAGUACCAGCACAUGGCCUCUCCACUUGCACAGAGCUAGCCCUGGAAGUGCUGCUGUUGAGAGCAGCAAAGCAACAGGUCCAAGAACACACCAUCUUUAGCUCUAACAGUUUUGGGUUGCCUGGCACAACCCUGUGCUGGCAUCAGCUAAAAGUGACUUCCCCAAGGACAUGCCUCUGCUUGAUUUCCAGGGAUAGGAUGCUGGAGUAUUUGGAACAGAGCAAACCACUACCUGUGCAUAUUGUGGCUUCUUAGGUUUGCUUUACACUGUUCAUUAUGAAUUGUGUUGCAGAAGGUAUUGGUGCUGUGCAUGUUAGAAAGAAGUUUUUUGUUCCUGCGGUACAAGAUGUCAUUACUCAUAGACAAUGGGGCUUCUGUUUUUUACAGGGUAUGUUUGAAUUUGCUUACAAAGGAUAUUGUGUAGCCUGCGGUAUUGUGUCGCCUGGUUUCAUGGUUGCAACUGUGAUCAAUGCUGGUCUCUUGUGCCAAGCAAAGAGUCAACCAUAUAUUCUGAUGUUCUUGUAUACCUCCUAGUUAACAGCAAGUAAUAGGUGUUUCCUUCAUGACGACAGAUGGCCAAUCAUGCUAGCCCUUGUCUAUAGCCCAUUUUAGAAAGUAAGUGAAAGAGGCAGUUUGUGAUGUUUCAGUUUGAGAGUUUAUUUUUUAAAGCAAUUUGCUAGCAAGAAGCAAUCUCUGACAUGGACUGCAUAUUUCUGUGACUUUUGUAGUCUUGAUUCUUUUGUAGGGUUAACAUUAACUGGGCAUAUGAUCCCCUUCUUCUUGUAAAUUUUGUGUGUGUGUGUACACCCACACCAAGUGUCUGUAGUACUUUCCUCUUGUAAAGAAGCUGACUCUAGUGUACUAGAGGUGAAGAAUGUGAAUCCUUAUGUGUUCCUUUGUCUGGAACUUCAGCUGCUGCUCUAACUGUAGGCUUUCUUUCUCCCAGAAUCUGCAUUCUUUGAACACUCUUCUGUUCCGAAGAUCAGCCCUGGGUCAUCACUCUUCUUCUGUCACUCCUAAAUGUCAAACUUCAACCACAUUGCAGCUUGAGCCCUAGAACUCAUGCCCCUUCCCUAGUUCUAGUCAGUAGUAGUGGCAUACUCACUGUAGCAAGAGCUAUUGCUAGAAGCUGCUCUUUUGUUACUGAAUUAGCUUUUUAAAAUAAACUUGUUUUCUGUCUUGUUUUAGUUGAUUGUACUGUAUGUAAGCUGUUCUGCAAGCCUUUUCUGUAAAGACUGGGUACAAACAUUCUAAAUAACACCAUCACUACCAUCUAGUCUUCUUAAGCUGUUGGUCUGUUGGUGCUGAAGGCUGGCCCAUCUUCCUCUGUUAUGUACUUUACUGUCUUUGGGGUGACAGUAUGUUGCGUACUGUGGGGGUUGAAGGCAGUGGGUAAUGCCAGCAAUGUUUUCGAUGUGUUGAAGGAUGUCAUUGGCUGCUGGCAAACAUGUCUGGCGGCUUGGUUGGCACAGAACUCUAUAAUAUGGGCCCAUCAAUAUUUGGCUCAAGUGGGUGGGAGGAAAAUGCUUGUUAUGUUCACGCCUGUAUUGUGACAGAACUGAGACUGUGGUUGCAGCUGACUGCGCUCAGUACUGCAGAACCAGGGCAAUGCUCAGCAACCUUUCCGCCUUCUAUGUAGAUUGCCUGUGCCCUCUACGCCAUAGUGGAGAGGGCUAGGUCUUUGCUUGAAUGAACAGAUGAUGCUCUGGUUGCUAUGGUUCCUGUUGCUUGGUGGCAAUUGGCUGUGCUGUUCAGGAGAUCAAGAUAUUGGGUGCUUUGGACAGGACUGAAAGGAAAGCAACCCAGAAUGCCUUCCAGGAGGUGAGGAGUGGUAGUCGCUGCAGAGUCAGUAGCCAUACAGUCCCUCUUUGGCCCAUUGGGGUCAUUGGAUUAUGAGGCCAUAUCCUGAGUGUGCACAGUGUCAUCAUGUUGGUCUCCAUUCACUUCAGUUUGAUGGAGCAAGAAGUAUGUCUCAAACAACUGCAUCUCCUGCAAUUCCAGGGAGAGAGAGAUUGUAUAGGAACACGGGAUGGGUUUUGUGUGUUCACUAACCUGGAGUGGCCUCAUGUACUCAUGCGAUCUUUAAUUGUUGAUAUCUGCUGGAACUCCUCUUCUCACUUAGUCUCUGGGACUUUGAGAAUUCAGCUUGCUGUUAUUUACAUAGUGCUGUCAAGGAGACAAACUGCUAUUUUCUUACUCUUCAAAAGCUCAGAGGAGGCCUGGAAGGAGGAAGCACUGCACCAGGGACACUGAGCUUGUGGCAGUUGCUGCUGCUACUUAAGCAUCAAAACCUGAUAUGUCACAUUUUCAUUCAUGCUCCUUUAAUAAAGCAAACCCAGUGCCAAUCUGCUUGAGAGGUCAGAGAAAAGAAAUGAAUCCUGUUUUGGGUCUCUGGUUAAGGCUCAGGGUGUCAAUAGUGUUGUCUCAUCAGUUGAACUACAUUAGUAUACCAUGUGCUGUGGUGUUCAUUAGGUGAGUUCUUUCCCAGCAGUGAUCCUUUGCUGGCGAGACCUCACUCUGUUGCACUGAAAGUGCCGUGCAUGCUGGGCUGCUUACAAGAUAUAACGUUACAAACUUUGCCAUUUCUAAUGGCCCAAGAAUAGCACAGUAUUUCAGGCUUUCUUACAACACUCCAUUCUGCAUCCAUUUCUUUAGUCACCGGAUUGGACGCUGUAUGCCAACUCCUUAUGGUGUUGAACCCAUAAAGCUGGUCUGAGGCUUGAGAAACCGUUAUUGCCACUUUUAAAGUGCUCGUUUGAAAGAUCCCUACAAUGCCCUUGCCUCCGUUGUCUAGAGGAAGGGGCAUAUGUAUGCUGGAACUUUAAGAUGCAUUAUCCGGAGCAGGGGUCAGCAACCUUUUUCAGCCAUGGGCCAGUCCACUGUCCCUCAGACCAUGUGGUGUGCUGGACUAAAUUUUUUGGGGGGGAAAUGAAGGAAUUCCUAUGCCCCACAAAUAACCCAGAGAUGCAUUUUAAAUAAAAGGACACAUUCUACUCAUGUAAAAACACAUUGAUUCCUGGACUGUCUGUGGGCUGGCUUGAGAAGGCGAUUGGGUCGCAUCCGGCCCCCGGGCCUUAGUUUGCCUACCCCUGAUCUGGAGGUUUUGAAGUCUCAGCAGGUCAAGUCAUGAGACACUUGUGUAGGGAGACUGUAAUAUGUUUUAGUUUAUGCAGCAGUUGAGCUCCUGUGUGUUUCUGUGACUGUGUUAGUUAUGUGCUGACUAAAUACAGGAAGUGUGUGAGCAAACUUAAAGCCCGAGUGGUGUAAUGUUUAUUCAUGUACUUAUUAAUGUUGGAUUUCAGCUGCCAUUUUGUUGCCAAUUCAUCCAGCUAGGGACAGCAUCCUGGAGCUCUUCAGUCUUGCUGAGAUUUCACCAUCCUGAAUAAUUUGGCAUCAUCUGCAAAUUUGGUUGUCUGUCAGUUUGCAUCUUACUCCAGACCACAAUGGACAAAUUAUACAGUACCAAUCUAAAUACAAAUGGGCAUGGUUUACUGUCCUCCUUCAUGAAAGCUGUCAAACUCUGCUUUCUGUUUUGGUGUUGGAGGCUCUUAAGAAACUUGGUGACCUAAUGACAAUCCUUGCUCAAAAAUAUAAAUAAUUUUAACCCUUAUAUUUCAAUAGAUUCUGGCUGCAUGGGAACCUACUAUAAAGUUCAGCAGUUAAUAGGAAUUUUAUGUGUGUUUGUAGUCUGCUUCAGAUUUGUACAAGGACCGAGUGCAGUCUGUGCCACAUCUUGAGAAAUGUCAUUGAUUACUCUACAAUUUGUGGAGAACCUGACACAAAGUCAGGCCAUGGCUGCACAAUGCACUCGUUGAUCAGCAGCCUGAUGCUUUUCUUCGUAGGCACUGCUUAAAACAUCUGGAGCUAUAUGACUUCAUAUUGUAUUUUUCCCCUUUGCUACACCUACCCAUUAAAAUAUUUGCAUUUAUGUUUAGAGACUUCUUGUUUUUACAUUUGAUAAAACUAAUCAGUUUUGUGGUCUCUGUUUUUCAACAUUUUGCAUUGUUAAAAGCAAUGGUUCCCAACCUUUUUAUUAUGAUGAUCCACUAUUAAAGUCACAUGAGUUUUGUACUUUAGGUCUUCAACAGCUGUCGAUUUCAUGCAUUUUAACUGCACGUUUGCCUAUUUUAUAACCAUUAUUUGAGGCAUCCAAGCAAAAAUUUAUUUAAUGCCCCUAUUAAUAUGGAACUUGUUGAAAUAUUUAUAAUACUUACAGAGAUACUCAGUUUUUUAUGGGAAUGUAACCACCAAUCACCUGGUUACAGAAUAUUGCUUCAUGAGCUAUUAAAAAUAUUUUAAAAACAUGCUAUUACACAAGCAGUGUUAGAUAUUUUGAACUAUGAAUAUUUUAAAUAGCUUUAUUCGCAAUAAAGUCCAUUUUGGCAAGUAUAAGUGGGAUGGCUGAGCUUGCACUUCGCUAAUGAGUAGAUCAAUGUGGGGAUUGAUGGUUGUCAAGCAUAGUCUCAUAUCGUUAUUGAUACAUAGCCGGCUACUGUAUUUAUUAUAUUUAUACUGUCUUCAUAGUAGUUAUUGCUGAAAUACCUGUCUCGCAAAUAUAUGCACUAUCAAAUGGCAGCAGCACAGAUUUUGCUUCAUUGGCAAGCUCAGGAUACUCAAUAGUAGCUGAGUAAUUUUGGUAACCUGAACCCAAAAUUCAGAGAGCCUCACUUCCAAAAAUGUAUCUUUGAGGGCCCAGUGAGUUGUUCCUUUUGCACAAAGACAGGUUUGUGACAUGAGUUGCAAAUAGGUUUUGCACCCAUUCAAACUUCUCUGUUUCUUCAGCAGAAAGGUAGUGGAGAAAUCAAACCACCCUUGGCUUCACUUUUAACUUACUGGCAGUCUGCCACAAGGUACAGGGCGUUGUUUUGAGUGACUGCUAUAGCUCGCCUCUGAUGGGCAGGUGCACAGCUUUUCUGAGUGAGAGACAGAAAAGAAUUUACUAGCUAUGUAGGGAAGAAUUUACUGUCUAUGUAAAGAAAGUGAACUUCAGGGCUCAUUCACACUUCCAUUGCCCCUCUGCUUCUUCUGGGGAAACCCUCUCGUUGCCACUACAUCGUAGCAGAUGUCAGUCAAAUUUUCAGCAGAUUGACGUUUGCUCCGACUCAGCAGUGAAGAGUGGGUUUUCCCAGAGAAAGUGGUAGGGCAAAUGCAAAACCGCCUGGACGCAUGCUUAGAAAGCAUGGGGCAAGGUGAAAACCUUUCAGGCCUGUGCUUUCUAGGCAUUGGACAUGUGGAGUAGCCCUUAGCUAUAACUCAAUAUAUCCAGGAAACAGCCACUACCAAGAUGGACCAGACUGUUAUUCCCAUAUGUAAAAUACAGAAAUAAAAGGUUUUGGUUGGUGGGGAGUAUUGCAUUGUGUGUUCAGCAAAGUGGCACUGAAAACUGGGUUCACCUAGAUGUGACAGCACCAUGAUGAACAGGUAUUAAGUGUGGGGUGGAGGUGAUUGUAAUGUAUUAUAGAAACAGGUAAUAUAAAGGGGAUUCUGAAUCUUCUGUUUCAGAAUUGCCACCCAAAUACUUUUCUCUCGUCAUGUUUUGGAACCCAACUUAAAAAUAAACAGCUAGGGCAGAGGAAGUGUUCAGCAACUUCUUCCAUUUCCCCGCUUUCCUCAUUAAAUUGCUGCUCCCUUAUAUUUGUUCUCUACCAUUCCUAGUUCUAAAACAUGAGGCUGCUGCUUUCACAUCUAGUUAGCUCUUCAUUGUGGAAGGAUAUUAUUACAGCACUAAAGGUUUGAAAUACAGUCAUACCUCGGGUUGAAGUAGCUUCGGGAUAAGUAUUUUCGGGUUGCGCGCUGUGACGACCCGGAAGUAACGGAGCGCGUUACUUCCAGGUUUCACUGCUUGUGCAUGCGCAGACGGUCAAAAUGACAUCACGUGCAUGUGCAGAAGCGGCGAAUCGCCACACACGCAGAUGCAGAUUGCAUUCGCUUCUGGAUGCGAACAGGGCUCUGGAAUGGAUCCCGUUCACAUCCACUGUAGUAAUUAACACUUUCUGUUCACUGACUUAGAAUACUCUUAUCCUGAAUUUCUUCUGUUGAGGGCAGUUGAGACUUUUACCAGUCCCCAACUGCUGUGUUGUACUUGAUUGCAUGGUUAUCUGUAGUAUCGUCUCCACUCAACCAUAUCUGCCCUCUUCUGAUCUAAAGUACGGGAGAGCAAGGGUGUUACUCUUUUUUGUAGUAUGGAGAGAGUUAACGUUUCAUGAACCAGGUACCUAACAGUAAGGGAUCUGGAUUUGGCUUUUUACUGUCUUACAAGCAUAUAUAAAAUAGUGACUAAGUUGCUAUUUUCUACCUUCUAGGCACUCCACCAGUUGUAUUAUGACCCCAACAUUGAAAACAAGAAUCUGGCUCAGAAAUGGUUGAUGCAAGCUCAAGUCUCACCACAAGCCUGGCACUUCAGUUGGCUACUUCUCGAUAUGGACAAGGUGCCUGAGAUCCAGUACUUUGGGGCCAGCGCCCUCCACAUCAAGAUUUCACGCUACUGGAAUGACAUCCCAGCUGACCAGUAUGAAAGCCUCAAAUCACAGCUCUUCAGCCAAAUAACCCGUUUUGCUAGUGGUUCCAAGAUUGUGCUGACCCGGCUUUGUGUGGCACUGGCUUCGUUAGCACUAAACAUGAUGCCAGAGGCCUGGCCAUGUGCUGUUGCUGACAUGGUGCGCAUGUUUCAGGCAGAGGACUCUAAUGUCGAUGGGCGAGCACGCUGCCUGGCACUCUUAGAGCUGUUGACUGUUCUGCCUGAGGAGUUCCAAACCAGCCGCCUGCCUCAGUACCGUAAGGGGCAGGUGCGUAGCGUCUUGGCACAGGAGUGCAGUUCUGUCUUCCCCCUGCUAGAGCAAUUACUACAGCAACAAGACUCUCCCAGCUUCAUUAAACAGAAGGUGUUGAAGUGCUUCUCGAGCUGGGUGCAGUUAGAGAUUCCCCUGAUGGAGUGUGAGAACUUGAUCCAGGCAGCCUUCACCUCUUUGCGCGAUCCAGAACUCUUUGAUACAGCUGUGGAGGCCAUUGUCAAUGCCAUUUCCCAGCCUGAUGCUCAGAGGUAAGUGUUGGUUCCAAAUUGUGGGUCAGUUGUGAUUACAGUUGUGCAGCCUCCCCUGUAAGCUGACUGUUUCCACAUGCAGCAAUCAAGGGGAGAACCUGUAUUGACAGAACUUUCAAUCAGCUUUCUGAACCACACUCUGAUUCCAACAAAGAGGUUAUAGAGUGUGCUUGUGUAGAGUUUCAUAUCCAUGGACAGUACAUAAAUUCCGCAGGUCUUCUUGAAGAUGGAGGGCAAGGGAGGAGAUUGAGGAACUCUUGAAUUGGCGCAACCAUUGGCAAGCAAGCAUCAACCUUUUGUGGACUUUUUUAGUUACUACUUAUCAGCCAAUAAAAACAGAAUUACCUAGUGCUGAAAUUAAGCUAAAACCAACCAAUAAGAACAGAAUUACCAGAACUGAAAUUAAGCUAAAACUAGUAUUAUUAACUUUUAAAUAAUCAUGCGGUUGAUUCUUGUGAGACAGAAUUCUACCAAGCUUCAAAACAGACAUUCUGUAGCCACAGCCAAUCUACAAGAGCAUCUGUUGGUUCUGUUCUAAUUUCAACUAGGGAAGGAUGUCAUGCAUCCUCUCGUAAGCUUCAAGAGAAUUCAUGGAGUGACCAGACAGCUCAGCUUUGGGCCCCUACCCAUUAGAGUCUUGCAUUGUGUCUUCAUCCAGGUCUUAAAUCACCUCUCUGUUAAUUCAUUUGCUGUGGCUGUUGGUUGUAGUUCUUUGUCUUGUGUGAUAUGAAAGGUAGUCAUGAAUGGAGGAAUUCACCUUUUUUCUGUAGAGGUUCACUGGUGUGCAUUAAUUCAGUAACCCCUCUGGGCACAGUAUGGAAUCUAAGUGAGUAGGGGAGUUGUCCAGGACUAUUGGUCUGUUUCAAAAUCUGUUAAUGACUAGCAGAGCUAGAAUCUGUUGUGACUACAUUGGUGUGGUUCUGGGUGCAAACAUAAUUGGGAAGUUUCUGUCAGCAGACAGGGCCUGUGAUAUAGUUUGCUUCCUAUCUCAUUUCAUCUCUCUUUCCUUCUCUACUCCCAACACCCCUCCUUCCCUGACUGUAUUUGUUCAUAGUACAGAUUACACCCUUGAUGUCUGGGAGUGAGAGACCUUGCCCACAGGCUCAUCAACAAAGCUGGUUUUGGUUUUUUUUAAGGAAAUGAGUGCUGUGGUUCUUCAGGUGGCAGAACUAUUCAUGACAACAGAUAUUAUAGGCUUGGAAAUGUAUAACAUGCUCAAUUUAGAUAAAAGAAAAUUAUAGGGAACAUGAUACCAGUGUUCAAAUAUCUAAAAGGAUGGCAGAGUAAACCACUAUUUACCAGUGCUGCUGGAAAAAAGAGAAACAUUGGCCUUUAGUGGUAAUAGAAUAGACGGGUUAGAUUUCAAAAAUACAUUUUUCAUAAGGAUAAAGGUGCAAUAGAACAAACUCCUCAGGGUUGAAGUAGAGCAGGAGUUGGGACUUUAAACCUGGAGGCCAAAUGAGACCCCCCAGGUCUCUUUCUGGCCCUCAAGAUGCUGCCCAGGCCAGGCCCCUUCCCCAGGCCACACCUCUCAUCAGCUGUACUCCACUCCUUCCUCAAGUGCUUUUUUGGGGCUGAAAUGUGUCCUUGAACUGUGAUUGAUAAUGUCUCUUGCCUGGAUGGGGAAUGGAGAAAUAGGUAUGGAUGUGUAAAAACCUGACUUUUGCUUAGCUGGAAUGUGGUCUAUUGUACCAAGUCACAGCUGUUGCUUUGUUCUCUUUUGCCUCUGACCCUAUUUACUACUGGCAUGCAACCUCUGGAAGGUUGCCUAUGAGAGAUAUGGCCUUUGGGCUGAAGAGGUUUUCCCAUCCCUGCUGUAAUGUCUCAUUCUAUGCAGUUCUUAUGAGAGAGCUGGAUAAGCAUUGGCUGUGUGUGCAUGAGUUUAGAUCUUAGAGUGGUGAUCCAAUUUAGCCAUACUCUUAAUAGACCCAUUGAAAUCAGUGGACAAGCCCAUUGAUAUCAGUGGGUUUACUCGAAUGAGUAUGGCUAACAUUGGAUAAUCACCUUUAUAGUCUCUUGCAUUUUCUUAGUGGUUGCCAAAUUAGAAUUAUAAGGUCAGGUGUAUAGUAAAGUAAUUAUUUCACUUGUAUUCAAGUGUGUUGUGACACUGGACCAUAUUCAACUAAACUGUUGCUCCAGCAGGAGCCAGUGCAAUGACCACAAUGGGACUUCUCCCUUCUCCCCCCCCCCAUCAUAUACCCCUGUGCCAUCCCCAGAUCUACUCCAAAGGGUUAGAAGAACCCCCACAAUGGGGCGGGGGCGGGGCGGGAGAUGGUUUGUCGGACAAGCAUAAAUUCUUGUUCUGAUGGAACAAUUCCCUUAGCACUAAGUUGAUUGCAGCCUAUUCAAAAUGGACCAGAAAGGGAAUUUGUUAAUCUUCUUUAGCAGUAAUAUUAAAUUCUGAAUUAUGCUUACUGCUACAACCCACCAUUUAUUUAAACUCAAUCUGCUGAAUGACUUAAAAACCACUAGCAAGGACUAAUUUAGAUGUGUCCUAGUUACAUGAUUUGAGGUGGUUCAGCCACUACUAGCUACACCAAAGUGGUACAUACAGAAAGACAAAUACCCCCAACAACCUUAUGCUUACCAUGAGGAACCAGCAAUGUCUUGCUGGUCCUGAUUAUGGAGAUCACACAUACACAGAUGUAGUUGCUGUGUAAUGACAACAGGGAGCAUGCUUUAGUACCAGGAAAAAUAUACAAGGUAGUCAUAUCACUCACAUUUCAUUGAAAUCACUUAGGAGGUAUCUACACAUUUUGCUCAUAGAGACUUUUUUUUAAUGAAAGCUGAGUCUAGGGCACCUGCCCAGUGGCACCACUGGAAGCCUUCAUAGGUGCCAUGUUGCCUGUAGCAACCACUACAUGAGAGAGGAUCUUUUUGUGGUGGCUCUGCACUUCUGGAAUAUUUCCUUGUCAUGGUUCAUAAAUCAUCAACCCUAUAAGCAAUUACGAGAGCACUAAAAGGCAAUCUGUUCUCACUGGCCUUUGCUUAAGACUGUGUUUUGCUUCAUGCUAUAGCUGGUGAUUUUAGACUGUAUUUUAUGAUUUCAUAGAAUCAUACAAGUGUAGAGUUAGAAGGCACCCUGAAGAUCAUCUAGUUCAACCCCCUGCAAUCCAGGAAUCUCAACUGAAGCAUCCAUGACAUAUGACCAUCCAGUUUCUGCUUAAAAACCUUCAGUAAAGGAAAGUCUACCACCUUCCAAGGGAGUCUGUUUAGCUUUGGGUUGCCUGAAUGUUCAUUAUUUUUUAACUAGACUGGCUUUUCUGAAGCAUUCUUAUCAUGGUUGCAUUGUGCCUUGAGAGGGUUUUUGUCCUUAAAGGUGGUCUAAAAAUAUUAUAAUUCUCCCUGUCCCCCCCCAAAAAAUAAGAGCUUAAGCAAGGUCUAAAGAAACUUAAAACACAUCACUAGUAAAUAUACAAUAACUGUGCGUUUCAGGGAUCAGAAUACAGGCCACGGAAUAGCACUGGCACUCACUUUCAGUCGGUCAGUCUUUAAUGUUUUAACCAUAGGUUACAACAGAAGCACUCGCUACCUUAGGGAAUAAGUAAACUUGUGUGUAGAAGCCCAAAAUGAUAGACACUGGGUGCCAUUAGGUGGUCACAAGGAAAAAUGUGACAUAGAGACUAGUUUGAAAAUGGGUGGCAGCAGGGCAAGAUAGUGGUUGCAUAAGCUUUGUAGGGAGGGAGCAACAAGGGUUGUGUGUGUGCAUGCAGUGCCAUUGUUUUCACUAGAGAUCAGUGAGGAAUGAGAGGAAGUUGAAUAGCAAUAUGAUUCUGGCUGGAUCAACAGGAUUAAGCUCUGUUUCUCCUUUCAGUCUCUGUUGCUCUUAAGAAUCUUCCUUGACCUCUCUGAGUGUGCUGCUGCCCCCUCCCCCCAUUGCAUUGUCUGUGGAUGCUUGCUGGCAGCCUUGAUGCACAUGCUUUUCUGUUGUCGGCGACCACUGGAGCUGGCGCACUUCCCCUCCUCCACCCACUUCAGUUUUUGCACACAGCAAUGCAGAACUGGAUUCAUUUGAGUUGCCCCUCGGGGCAUAAAUGCUGCCUUCUUCCUCACCUCCUUCCUACGUUUGCAGCUUAUUGAGCAGCCUGAUCUCUCUACCCCAGGCUUCUAAACAUCAGUGACAUGACCACAUACUUUUCCCUUUGCAGGAUAUUAUAUGCCUAGUGACUGUGGGGAGAUGGGCAUCUGUCUACUCACUUAGGCUGCUUUCAAACCAAAACCUGGCAUUCCGUGAUAUGUCCCAAGUAAAUUGAUAUGAGGGUGGUCCUAAUUGUCCUGAGAGCUUAAAAAAAUGAUAGAGGAAUUGGGUCUCCAGUGCAGAACUCAGCCUUGAAGGUGAUGCUAGCAUAUGGAUGGCCUUUGAACUGUUUAGUGCUGCAUGCAUGCACAUUGGUGUGUUCUUCCACCUGUAUCUGUGGGCUGCAUGUGCGGUGGGGGCAGGCAUGCGAGUGCAGAAUAACUGUGUCUCCAGAUAAUAUGCCUCAGUAGCCAGGUAACUGACAGCUGGCCGAUUAGCCGCCAGCACAGCCUCUCUCUGGGGGCCAUCCUUUGCUCUUCCCCUCCAUUUCCUCUGUGCUUGUUGUCAUGGUUACAAUCACUUAUUGGCAGCAGCAGGGAGAUUGACAGGCAUGAAAUUGCUUAUAUGGUGCUGGAAUACUGCUGUGCACAGGGAGGCAGUAGCUGCCUGGAUGCCCCCAGGAGACCACUGUAUGAGCAUUGUACUUUUGAUUUUAGGAAAUGGAUAUUCAAGGGUCUUGACUCUUUCAGCCUCCCCCCUCCCCUUUACCAACAGAUUCUUCAGAUGGAAUAAAUUCUGUGAAUGGCAUACAGCUUUAGAUUUGUAUUCCAUUCCAGAAUAUGUUUCGUCCUGAAUGCAUGAAAAUGUUGACUUUGUGAAAUGUUGUGGGGUAAUGGAACUAUACAGAAGGAAGGACAAGUACUGAGCACUGUGAGUAGACCAGGGAAGCCAGAACAGGAAAACCAUAUGCAGAUUAUUUUCCCCUGAAGUUUGAGCAGAACACACUCAUCCUUAAAAUCUGAGUUCAGAUUUUAAAUUCACCUGUAGCUGGUAAAUUCCAGAAGAGUAGUGAUGUUGAGUUUUUGCACCAAAAACCAAAGUCCUUUACAUUUAUGUAUUGGUUGAGGUUUAAGGGCCAUAUCUCAGUGGCAGAGCAUCUGCCUUGCAUAAGAGGGAGAUAAAGAACUACAGAACUUUUAAAAGACAUCUGAAGGCAGCCCUGUAUUGGGAAGUUUUUAAUGUUUAAUGUUUUACAAUAUUUUAUAUGUGCUGGAAGCCGCCCAGUGGCUGGGGUAUAAAUAAUAAAAUUAUUGUUGUUAUCAAGAAGGUCCCAGGUUCAAUCCCUGACAUUUCCAGCUAGAGCCAGAAAUGUCUCCUUGCUCAAACCUUCGAGAGCUGCUGCCAGUCAGUGUAGACAGUACUGAGCUAGAUGGGCCAGUGGUCUGACUCGGUAUGAGGCAGUUUCCUGUGUUCCUGCGUGUGCAAUUGGGCCUGUGCAUGUAUGGCCACCCACCUCAUAUAUUAAGUGGUGUGUGUGGUGAGAGGGAAAUGAACAGCUGCAUCUCCACCAGAGUUAUAUUUUUUGAUCCUGGUAUCUAGUGUGUGCUCAUUAUUUUAAGUGUUUGGAUAACCCUCACAAAGCAGUUUGUAUAAAUCAUUUAAAAUAACAUGCUUCAAUUAAAGUACAAUGACAAUGAACAUAAACAGCAGGGGAAAAACAAAAGCCAGAUAAAACCAUCAUUUGAGACUAAAAGACACUAAAGUGUAUGGCUGAAUGAAAAGAUUCUCAUUUGGUAUGGAAAGUAAGUAGAAUUAGCACCAGGCGGACCUCCUGGGGAGAGCAUUGCAGAGACAGGGCAUCACAGUAGAAAAAGCCCCAUUGUGCAUCACCAUGUUGAUUGCCCUCUUAGAAGACAAAGUCCAGCAACUGGAGGAACGUGUAGCUACGCUCCAAAGAAUUAGAGAGCUGGAGCUCUUCUUGGAAGCAACAGAGCACACCGUCUCCACCAAGGAGGAGACAGGGGACUCCCCUGAGAAGGAGGCUAGUUCACCAACACAGGAGCCAGAUAUAUGGAGAAACGUGACUCAAAGAAGUAGGAGGCCCAGGGUUCGCUCUGAUUGUUUAGAAAUACACAAUCGCUUUGAGGUCCUCUCCCUAGCAUGGAAGACGAAGAGCAGACUCCAUUUGAGGAUCUCUCCCUCAUUACAGUCGAUCAGGUAUAUGAAGACGAGCAGCAAAGUCAGUCCUCAGGGAAUGUGCAGGCGACCUUGGAACGGACAGCUCACGGAAGAACCCCGACCAAACCUAAGAGGAGGCGUGUAGUGGUGAUAGGGGAUUCCCUACUGAGGGGAACAGAAGCAUGAUCUGUGGGCCUGACAAGAUGUCUCGGGAAGUGUGCUGUCUCCCCGGGGCUAAGAUCCAAGAUGUAACUGAACGACUGCAAGGAAUCAUAAAACCCAAUGACAAAUACCCCUUCCUCUUGGUUCAUGUGGGAACCAAUGACACUGCAAGCAAUAGCCUCCAGAAGAUCAAAAGAGACUACGAGGCUCUGGGCAGGAAAUUGAAGCAAUUAAAUGCACAAAUUGUUAUCUCAUCUGUCCUCCCAGUUGAACGACGUGGCCCAGGGAGAGAGGGGAAAAUAGUGGAAGUGAACAGCUGGCUUCGCAAAUGGUGUAAACAGGAACGGUUUGGAUUCUUAGAUCAUGGACUGCAGUUUCUUGAAGAUGGACUUCUGGCAAGCGAUGGGCUGCACCUCACAACGGUUGGGAGGAAUGUUUUUGCCAACUCUCAGAAACCUCCUCAGGAGGGCUUUAAACUGCCUACUGUGGGGGAGGGAGACAGUGCUCCUGAAGGUAGGAGUCUAUCAAUUGAUGAAGAUGAUCAUCCAAAUGUCAUAGACCAAAUGGAGCAAACAGCACGCAGUGGUGGGAGGAAAAAAUCCUUAAAUAAGAGACACGGGGGAAUGAUUAAUGGACUUCAAUGUCUGUACACUAAUGCGCAAAGCAUGGGAAAUAAACAAGAUGAACUUGAGCUCUUGGUACAGCAAACUAAAUAUGACAUAAUAGGCAUCACUGAAACCUGGUGGGAUAAGUUCCACGAUUGGAAUGUAAUAAUGGAGGGAUACAAUCUAUUUCCGAGAAACAGACCAGACAAGAAAGGAGGAGGAGUGGCAUUAUAUGUCAGGGAUGUGUAUACCUGUGAAGAGAUCCAAGAUUUAGAACCUCAAAGCCAAAGUGAGAGCAUUUGGGUCAAAAUUAAGGGAGAGAAGAAUAACAAUGACCUCAUUGUGGGAGUUUACUAUAGAUCCCCAAGCCAAACGGAGGACAUAGAUGAUGCCUUCCUGGAACAGAUGGCCAAGCAUGCAAAAGGAAGGGAGAUAGUAGUAAUGGGGGACUUCAAUUACCCGGAUAUUUGUUGGAUGUCAAACUCAGCCAAGAGCAUAAGGUCAAACAGAUUCCUCACUGGCCUUGCAGACAACUUCAUUGUCCAGAAAGUGGGAGAAGCAACAAGAGGAACAGCUAUUUUAGAUCUGGUCCUAACCAAUGUUGAUGACCUGGUUAGUGGGGUAGAAGUGGAAGGAUCAUUAGGCGCGAGUGAUCAUGCUCUUCUGAAGUUUACUAUACAGCGGAAAGGAGCAGCCAAGCAUACUCGGACUCAAUUUCUUGACUUUAAGAAAGCCGACUUCAUAAAACUUAGGGAAGUGCUGGGUGAGAUCCCAUGGACAGUAAUACUAAAAGGAAAGGGAGUUCAUGAUGGCUGGGAGUUUGUUAAGAGGGAGAUAGUAAAAGCACAACUUCAGGCAAUACCAAUGAGACGGAAACAUGGAAGGUGCCUAAAGAAGCCAGGGUGGCUAUCUAAAGAACUUUUAAUUGAGUUAAGAUUAAAAAAGGAUGUGUAAAAAAAAAUGUAAAAGUGUUGUAAACCACCAAAGAGUAAUUCAAACAAAUAACCAGCACGUGUAGACACAAAGUCAGACAAGCUAAAGCACAGAAUGAACUCAGGCUUGCUAGAGAGGUUAAAAGCAACAAAAAGGCUUUUAUGGGUAUGUUCGUAGCAAAAGGAAGAACAAAGAAACAGUGGGGUCACUCAGAGGAGAAGAUGGUGAAAUGCAAACAGGGGACACAGAAAGGGCUGAACUCCUCAAUGCCUUCUUUGCCUCAGUCUUCUCCGAUAAAGAAAACAAUGCCCGACCUGAAGAAUUUGGAGCAAAUGAUUCAGCAGAGGAAACACAGCCCAGAAUAACUAAGGAGAUAGUACAAGAAUACUUGGCUAGUUUAGAUGUAUUCAAGUCUCCAGGGCCAGAUGAACUGCACCCAAGAGUAUUAAAAGAACUGGCAGAUGUGAUCUCAGAACCACUGGCAGUCAUCUUUGAGAAUUCCUGGAGAACAGGCGAAGUCCCGGCAGACUGGAGGAGGGCAAAUGUUGCUCCUAUUUUCAAAAAGGGGAAAAGAGAAGACCCAAAUAAUUACCGCCCAGUCAGUCUGACAUCAAUACCAGGGAAGAUUCUGGAGCAGAUCAUUAAGCAAACAGUCUGUGAGCACCUAGAAAGGAAUGCUGUGAUCACCAAUAGUCAGCAUGGAUUUCUGAAAAAUAAGUCAUGUCAGACUAACCUGAUCUCGUUUUUGACAGAAUUACAAGCCUGGUAGAUGAAGGGAACGCAGUGGAUGUAGCCUACCUUGAUUUCAGCAAGGCAUUUGACAAGGUGCCCCAUGAUAUUCUUGUAAAGAAGCUGGUAAAAUGCGGUCUUGACUAUGCUACCACUCAGUGGAUUUGUAACUGGCUGACUGACCAAACCCAAAGGGUGCUCAUCAAUGGUUCCUCUUCAUCCUGGAGAAGAGUGACUAGUGGGGUGCCACAGGGUUCUGUCUUGGGCCCGGUCUUAUUCAACAUCUUUAUCAACGACUUGGAUGAUGGACUCAAGGGCAUCCUGAUCAAAUUUGCAGAUGACACCAAACUGGGAGGGGUGGCUAACACCCCAGAGGACAGGAUCACACUUCAAAACGACCUUGACAGAUUAGAGAACUGGGCCAAAACAAACAAGAUGAAUUUUAACAGGGAGAAAUGUAAAGUAUUGCACUUGGGCAAAAAAUGAGAGGCACAAAUACAAGAUGGGUGACACCUGGCUUGAGAGCAGUACAUGUGAAAAGGAUCCAGGAGUCUUGGUUGACCACAAACUUGACAUGAGCCAACAGUGUGACGCGGCAGCUAAAAAAGCCAAUGCAAUUCUGGGCUGCAUCAAUAGGAGUAUAGCAUCUAGAUCAAGGGAAGUAAUAGUGCCACUGUAUUCUGCUCUGGUCAGACCUCACCUGGAGUACUGUGUCCCGUUCUGGGCACCACAGUUCAAGAAGGACACUGACAAACUGGAACGUGUCCAGAGGAGGGCAACCAAAAUGGUCAAAGGCCUGGAAACGAUGCCUUAUGAGGAACGGCUAAGGGAGCUGGGCAUGUUUAGCCUGGAGAAGAGGAGGUUAAGGGGUGAGAUGAUAGCCAUGUUCAAAUAUAUAAAAGGAUGUCACAUAGAGGAGGGAGAAAGGUUGUUUUCUGCUGCUCCAGAGAAGCGGACACGGAGCAAUGGAUCCAAACUACAAGAAAGAAGAUUCCACCUAAACAUUAGGAAGAACUUCCUGACAGUAAGAGCUGUUCGACAGUGGAAUUUGCUGCCAAGGAGUGUGGUGGAGUCUCCUUCUUUGGAGGUCUUUAAGCAGAGGCUCGACAAUCAUAUGUCAGGAGUGCUCUGAUGGUGUUUCCUGCUUGGCAGGGGGUUGGACUCGAUGGCCCUUGUGGUCUCUUCCAACUCUAUGAUUCUAUGAUUUUAUCCAUCUUGCUUCAGAUGGGGGAGGGCACAAAAAGCCUCAGAGGAUCUUAAAACCCUGGCUGGUUCAUGUGGGAGGAAGUAGUUACUGAGGUAUCUUCAUCCCAAGCUGUUUAGAUCUUUAAAUAGCACAGUGAAUUUGCUCUGGAAAUCAAUGCAGGAGCCAGUGCAGUUGUUUUAAGACUGGCAAGAUGUGUUCCAUAUAUCUCAUCCCAAGUAGUGCAAAAUAUGGCAACUAGGUUACUAACUGACUUCCAAACUCUUCAAGGUCAGCCCUAUAUACAAUACAUUGCAAUAAUCUGAAUGGGAUUUUCCUGGAGCAUGAAUAAUGUGGUUAGCUUGAUUGUACCAGCCUAGAGUAGUAAAAGGCAUUUCAUACUGCUGAGGUUACUUGGGCAUCCAGAAGUAAGGCUAGAUCUCAUAGCACCUCCAGACUGUGUAUCCAAUCUACUAAGGCAGGCAAACCACCUACCAAUAGAACUUGUCAUGAUUGAGCUUCAGGACAUUGGUCCUCAUGCAGCCAAUUACUGGUUCCAGGCACAAAUUCAGCACUUUUAAAGGCCACAGCACCAGCUGAAUUAGAAGGAAAAAUGAUAGAGGUGGGUGUCAAGUGCACCCUAAAUUCUCAAAUCUCACUCAGUAGUUUCAUGUAGAUCAGAGAUAGAGAACACAUGACCUUCCUGAUGUUGGUGGACUCCCAACUCCCAUCAGUCCCAGCCAGUGUGUGUAAUAGCCAGGGAUGAUGGGAGCUGUACUUCAACAUCUGGAGAACCACUGGUUCCCCAUUCCCAAAUAGAUGUUGGUAUAACAUGGGAAGGGCAGACUAGGGUUGUGUGGAACAACAUGACAUGACUGUCAUGGGUCACAGCAACAGUCCAGCACCAUGACCUUCUAGAACUGAUGAUUCAGGUUGGUAUGGGAUCGCCCAAGUGUGGUUCCCCUGUUCUCCCCCAGUGCAGCCAAUCUAGAAGGAUAGCAAUGUCAAUAGUAUUGAAAGUCAUGAGGUGUAUAGUUGAAUUAGCAGGGUCUCAUUCCCUUGGCAUAGGUCACCCAUAAGGGAGACUGACAGUUUCAGUUCCAAAACCAAGCUGGAAACUAAUUUGAAAUGGCCUCAGAAAAUUAAUGUUGCUCUGGGGAGCUCCAGCCCUUUUCAGCACCCUAUUUUCUAGGUUAUAGCAUGUGCCCUAAACAGUUACUCUUCUAGCAUGCAGUAUAAUAAUAAUAAUAAUAAUAAUAAUAAUAAUAAUAAUAAUAGUAAUAAUAUAAUCAUCAUCACCAGAAUCAUGCUAGAACGUAACAAAGUAGACUGAGUUGUGAAGCCUACCUCUCACAACAUUGUUAUCAAGGCCUCUUUCACUUGUUCAACCUUCAUGAGAUAUGUUCUGUCAUCUGCCUACAAAUCUGUAUCUGUUAUCCUAUGUAGAAAAUAACAGAGGAUUCUUAAGAUGGCUAGGACAUGAUGUUUGUUAGCGAAUUUUACACUUUACAUUAUCUUUUGGUAUAAAAAGGGAUUGUUGAUGGCUACCUCACUGCAUCCCAUGAAGUGUUACAAUCAUGGUUUCAUCUUGCACAGACAGGACACAACUUAGUGUGAGCUGGUUCCUUUGGCAUUCAUCUGGGGAAAAGAAUGCAUCUAACUGGGUUAUGUGUUCAUCUGCGCUCAGCAGAUAUUUCUACACUUAGGCUUUAUUGGGACCAGGAUAUGUUAUAUUUUGUUGUCUUGGCCUUACUGUAAAAUACUUUCUCUUCCAUGGUGUAUACAAACCUGCUUCCUAUUUCAGGUAUUUCAUGUAGGCUCAUGUCAUGAGUUACAGUGGUACCUUAGGUUAAGAACUUAAUUCGUUCUGGAGGUCCAUUCUUAACCUGAAACUGUUCUUAACCUGAGGUACCACUUUAGCUAAUGGGGCCUCCUGCUGCUGCUGCGCGGCCGCCACACAAUUUCUGUUCUCAUCCUGAAGCAAAGUUCUUAACCCGAGGUACUAUUUCUGGGUUAGCGGAGUCUGUAACCUGAAGCGUCUGUAACCUGAAGCAUCUGUAAUCCGAGGUACCACUGUAUUAGUCUUUAAAGUGCUACAGGACUCUUCAUCAUGAAAGUUCUAGGUAUGUUCUCUCAGCAGUGUUUGUUAGCUUACAAGACCUGUAGAUCAGGAAUUUUGAAAGGUUUGUUGUGGAAGAGAAGGCCAUUUAAUGUAAGUUAUCAAUAUUCUGUGCCAGGAAGAAUCAUUUAAGAGGUAUAGCAAAUCUCAUAUCUGAAAAAUUUCACUUCCAAGAGGCAAAAUGGGGAUUGAUGUGUUGGUUAAUGUGACAGUAGUUUGCAUGCGACAAGCCUAGAGAUAACAAAAUACACUCUUUACAGUUGGCUUGGGUUUCCUGACUGAUGUUGGCACUUUUAGAGUUGUGGAGGAGGGGUCUGUGUAAGAUGCCCUUGGUGUUUGGGGCUUUUAUAUUUAGAUAAAAGACAAGAAGAGGAUGAUAGAGCUUCAAAAAAAUCAUGAGUUAUGUGGUGGAGAAUUGUUUUCUUCCUCCCAACACUCAGGGUCACUCACUAUUGAUUGGCAAAUUGAGGAUAGACAAAAAGAAAAUAGUUCUUCACACAGUGCACUAACUAACUGGUGCAAGAGAUAAGCCACUUUAUGAAAGGUCAGUAGCAACAGUAUUUACAGAAACUCCAGGUUCACAGAUUAUAGAACUCUGAGUACAGUUGCUGCACAGCAAAUUGCAGGACAGGACUGUUACCUUCAUCCCUUGCUUACGAGCUUCCUGAAGCAUCUGGUUGGGCAGCAUGGGGAAUGGAAGGCUGGACAAAACUGAUAUCUGGCUUGAUUCAGCAGGAGUCAUCUUACAUUUGUGAUUGACGGUUCAUUAUUUUAGGAGGCUAUAUAGGCAUAAAGCCUCCCAUCUCCUCUCUCCCUUGGCAGGUAUGUGAAUACUCUUCUGAAGCUCAUCCCACCUGUUCUGGGACUCCAGGAACAACUACGUCAAGCAGUUCAGAGCAGGGAUAUGGAGACAUCUCAUGGGAUCUGCCGCAUUGCUGUUGCCCUGGGGGAGAAUCAUUCCCGGUGAGGAGAAUGGUGAUGGAAUCUGAUAGCAAUGAUCAGUAGAAAAUGGAGCUAUUUUGGGGAGUGUUCCCUCUGCCCUACUAGCUUUCUUUGUAGCUAAGCAGCCUAUAAGUCUCCCAAACCUCAUUCUAAAGCAGCUCAAAGAUCCAAAGGGUCAUAUGGACGCUAAUGUAUCUGUGCAUGAUAGCAGAGAUACUAUACCAACUGUGGCCAAACUUGGCCCUCCAGCUGUUUUGGGACUACAGUUCCCAUCAUCCCUGACCACUGGUCCUGUUAGCUAGGGAUGGUGGGAGUUGUAGUCCCAAAACAGCUGGAGGGCCAAGUUUGGCCUUGCCUGGACUGUACGGAACCCUUUUCCAUCUGGAAGCCAUUGAAGAUCCUAAACCUACUGUGUCUAGUCCACUUGCUGGGGUAUUUGUUCCAUGAGUUGGCCGAAUCCCUUUCAGUUUGCUUCCUAGCUCUUUUCCUGUAGAGCACGCAUCCCCAAACUCUGUCCUCCAGCUGCUUUGGGACUACAAUUCCCAUCAUCCCUGACCACUGGCCCUGUUAGCUAGGGAUAAUGGGAGUUGUAGUCCUAAAACAGCUGGAAGGCUGAGUUUGGGGAUGCCUGCUGUAGAGGGUAUAGUGCACUGAUAUACUGUACUGUAUUAUCCCAAAUGUGGGGUGACUGCUGUUUCUAUGCACCUGCAAUGGCAGAGCCAAUUCCUGAUGCAGUGUGCCUACUAUCUCCCACAGAGCUCUCUUGGACCAAGUGGACCACUGGCAGAGCUUCCUAGCACUGGUUAACAUGAUCAUGUUCUGCACUGGGAUCCCAGGACACUAUCCUGUCAAUGAGACCACGAGUUCACUUACACUCACUUUCUGGUAUACACUUCAGGUAAGUGUUAGCCACCUUCAUGAAGUGGACUUCUUCAGUGCCAUCUUUAUAGGUUUGUUCUCUGGCUUGUACUUUGGUUGGUGUCAGGCAUGUUCUUGUACUAGUGGUUCUGCAUGCCUCUACAUGAAAAAGUUGGCAAGGCUAAUAGCUAGCACAUUAAAGUUGUUUAUGACGAUUACACUAAUUGUUCUGCAUAUGCAAGCACUUGUCAUGUAGAUUGUAUAGAUAUUGGCUCUGGAUUGAGUAUAAUGGAAUGUUCUGGAAUUGUCCACUAGAAGCUCUGAGGCCCAACUUGAUGUAUAUUCUGUGCUUAAUAGAGUGGAAAUUCUUGCAUUUUUGCAUACAUAUAUUGAAGGCCAGAGUGAGUGACAAGGAUGUAUAGUAAUUCUGCUUACUGCAUAAACAUGGUGUAUAAACAUGGUUGUGUUCCAGUAAUAUGUUCUGUGGCAACAGAGAAGAUGCUCAGAUAUACCCGUGAGCCUUAAAUUCCCUUUAGGUGCUGCAGGUAUUUAUUUGCAGCUCAGACUCCACCAUCUUCGAGAAGUGUGUAAACUAAACACCUCAUUACAUGAAUCAAAUUAUUCGCUAUGAGGUAGAUUUAUCAUCUUCCUCUCUUUCUGCUAGAGAACAACUUGACUGUGAGUACCCUGUUUUGACAGGAAGAGAGCUCCAUUUAGUUUGCUGUCUAGUGGUGGCAAGGUGUUUCUUUACUAGAGUAACCCAUAGUGCAUCAGUGGCCUUAUUGGAAGAGCCUUACAGAUAAUAGCUCUUUUCAGCUAUGGAAGAAGACCAAGUUUGUUCUCUGUCUUGACAGGCAAAGUGCUGCUAUUCCCAGUUGCAAGCACAAUUAAUGCAGAUGCAGAUUUGUCUGUUGUGGUGUAUGCUUGCUGCUAUGCUGAGACACAGUCCUUGAAGCAGUGCAGCCUGGUCUGACUUGCACUCCCCACCCCCACACUUCCUUGGAGCCCAGAAGCUUCAUUAGCAUGGCAAAUUAGCCUGCCCAAGAGCAAGGCUAGCUGUUGAGCUGCUGCUUCUCUGGGUGCCAGCUUGAAAUGAGUUGAGGUCAUGCAUUGUCUCAGUGUGUGACUGGCGCAGUACUUGAGUCCACAGGCACAUCGUUCCUAAUGAAGGGAACAAAACUGAAGCAGCAUCUUUUAUAGGCUGCUCAAGAACAGAGAGACAGCAGAAGACUUUUUCUGCAUGGUCUAACCCACACCAGUACACACCUUUGCAGUUUCCAGUGGGUUCCCAAAACCUUUGGUAAUUUUGUGCCAGGCAACCUAGGAUCAUCCUUUUCUAUUUCCUUCAUAAGCUCUGCCUAGUGUGAGAAUCUUGAAUCAGAGGUUUAGUGAAGCUCCAGGAUUGUAUUCAGUGACCCAGAAUCCCUUCUUACUUUUCUUUUCUAUACAUCUGUUUUUGCAUCAACCUAGUUUAUAAGGUAACCUUGUCCAUGCCAGCCUUGAGCAGCAUAGGAAUACCCAGCUUUCUUCUUGGAGCAGACAUUGCUAUACUGUAGGGGGUGGAUUUAUUCCUUAACUGGCUAAAACUGUCUCUAAAGGAAAGAACAAGGUGUUGGUCACUAAAAGUAGAAGAAAGCAGACGUGGCCAGCUGCUUUACCAGCCUGUGAUGGCUUCUGUGCUUGUCUAGUUGGUGUCAAUGUGUUGAGAAGGAAUGAUACUACAGAGAGAGUGACCUGACAAAGUAUUAUGUACAACUGCUCCUAGAAGCUAGGAAGGAUCUUAGAUGCAUUAAGGAGAAUAUUUGAGUGGAGUAACUUGACUCUAAAAUGUCAUUUCUGGGUUUCCCAUAUAGAGAUUCAACAGCAAUGAGAGGUGAUCCCCCCCCCAUCACAUCAAAAUGCUUGGGGGACUGAUUGUGUUAACAUCAACAUGAUUGCUGGAGUUCAGGGCUGAUUUUUCCAAUCUCCACUUGAUGAAUGAUCUUUUUCUUUGCAGGAUGACAUCCUCUCUUUUGAUCCAGAAAAGCAGGCCAUGUAUCAGCAAGUGUAUCGGCCUGUCUAUUUCCAGCUGGUGGAUGUGCUCCUGCACAAGGCACAGUUUCCCUCUGAUGAAGAGUACAGCUGCUGGUCCUCUGAUGAAAAGGAGCAAUUUCGGAUAUACCGGUAUGACCUUUUGCCUAAUCAUAUCCCUUAGCAUUCAGUUGGUGUGCAGUGCUUAUAAUCUGCAGAAGAGGAAGUUGAUCAUGCUUCAUUAAUGGGAGUAAACAUUGAACUUGCCCUGAUUUGGCUAUGGGCUAUAACUGUUUCAGCAAUUUCUAUCUAGCUGCUAUUUGGUAAUGUGGGAGUGUUUUGUAACUCUUUUUUUUCUAUUGCUCAUUUGCUCAUUUCCUCAGAGUGGACAUCUCUGACACCUUGAUGUAUGUGUAUGAAAUGCUUGGAGCAGAGCUGCUGAGCAGCUUAUAUGACAAACUAGGUCGCCUCUUGACCAACACAGAGCAGCCAUCCUCAUGGCAGGUGAGUGGAGAGCUCCACCCUCAAAUGGAACACCAAGCUAGAGGAAUGCAGCAAGCACAGAGGCUGAAUAUGCUGCAGAUUUUUAAGAAAGGAUGGUACUAGUCCUGGUUAGACCUGGGGAGAGAGCAUUGUGGAAGAGAGAUGCUAAGGUAAAGUGAAGGUGCAGAGUGUCUUGGUUAGAAGAACCAUCUGUUAAAUCUCAGAGCAGCAUGUGUGGAAGGGCAAUCCAGUCACAAAGCUCCAAAAAGUUGUUAGAAGUGUUGAAUGGGUCUGAAAUGUGUAAACCUCUUCCUUUUAGUGUACGGCUGAGUUGGUGGUUUAUAAAAUUGGGACUGAAGGAUUGCUUCGAUGUCCCAACUUCCAGCUUGCUGAUUUCUCUCCUAGUGUAAGACAAUGCUGGUGGUUUUUGCAGUCAUUCUGGCACACCUCCCAUCACUGUGUGGCAGCAACCAAAUUAUGCAAGAUACCUGACAGCAGGAUUGCGGACUCAACAAAUGCAUGCUCAAUUACAUCUAUUUUUCCUUAUCAUAGGGUUUGUGUUACCACAUGUUUUUAUCACUAGUCUACAAGUUAGGUUUCUGUACUGGGAAAACUGAGGAGUGUAGUUGUCCCACUACCUCCAGUGUUACAAAGAAAAUAUGCCUUUACAGUUUGCUGAAAGAUGCUGAAAGAUUCUUUGAUAUGUCUCCUGUGCCAUGAUGGGUGGUAAUGCCAGGCUAGAGGUCUCUGUGUGGCAGCUAAUCAGAAUGUAUCUGUUCACCUUGGCAUGUUGACAGUGUGUUACUGGCACAGCAAACAGUGAUGGGCGUCAAGGACCAUUGACCGCAGGGGCUCCUCGUUCAUCAAUGUGACAGCCAAGCAAAAACCCAGCCUAGCCAUGAUUUACAGUCCACGCACCUGGAAGACUUAAGACAGUAGCAAACAUACCAGCACUCCAGCAUACUAAGUAUGCAGCCUCAGCAGUCCAUAUCUUGCUAGAAUAGCCCUUGGUGAGAGGGAGCAUGGAUGCAGGUGUAUCCUGCCUCCUCUUGCGGGUGCAGGAAGGGGAGAGACUACACAAUGAGCUCAUCCACACUUGCACUUGCCCCGCCCCUUUCUCCCCAGGAAACCCACUUUUUACUGCUGAAUCAGAGCAAACGCCAAUCGAUUUUUCUGCAGACUGGUGUUUGUUCUCAUGGAAAGUGGUGAGACAAAUAGGACAAGUGGAAAACCUCUUGGACCCAUGCUUUCAAGGUAUGGGACAAGUGGAAGUGUGGGUGAGCCCUGUGUGUUAUAUAGCCCAGCGGUUUCAGGAUGUCUAGUUGGGGUUACACUGAAGGAUAGCAGGUGCUUUAUGUUGCUGGGGAAAGGGGUUCCUUGACCUGAAGAAUUUGACUCACUAGAUACGAUGCCCCUGCAAAAAGCUUACUGGUGAAAGAAUUAUUAUUGUGCUACUAAGUGUAAAGGAUCAACAACUCAUCAUAAUUUUUUAUGGAAGUUAGCCCUGCAUAUUUUUUGUAAAAAUGAAAUCUAGGUUGGGGACUUUUUCAACAUACUGUGUCUCUGCCUUCAUUGCCUUCAAGUUUGAUUAAAUAAAUUUAAAAUAUUUAUAUAUCACUGUUCAUUUGGGUAGUGGUGUUUGAACCACCCUUUGUAAAAUUCAGCACCAACAUGCAGUCCAUGUUGCAAAUCAGAUGAAGGGAGGUAUAUACAUUUAAUAAAUAAAAAAAAUUAAAAUAUCUAUGUGGGGCAUUAGAGUUCGGCCUGGGCUCAAGAAUGAAAUCUUUUUUCUCUGGCAGCACACAGAAGCUUUGCUUUAUGGGUUCCAGUCCAUCGCAGAAACAAUAGAUGUAAACUACUCAGAUGUAGUGCCUGGCCUCAUUGGGCUCAUCCCUCACAUCAGCAUCAGCAAUGUGCAGCUUGCAGAUACGGUUAUGUUCACUAUUGGUAAGAAGACUGGGUAUGGGGAGGGAAUGGGUGCUAAAAGGGAAGGUUAACCCAAAGAACCUCAGGCUGUUGAGGUCUUACAACACUAUGGAACCAGCAGUCCAUAGGCUGGAUGUGGCCUGUAGGGCCUCUUCAUCCAGUCCACAGUACCCUCUCCUUGCCCAAGCUUGUGCUACAAUUAGGCUGCAAAAAGCCUUGUAUUGUCUCUGCUAUGUGUAUAUGUGUGCCAGUUUUGAGUGUGGCCAAAACAGAAUGGGGCAAUUUAUUUUUUUACUCCCCCUCCCCAGCAUGUAGCUCCCUGAAGGUUGGCAGUGAGGAAAUGUGGCCCUUGGAAUGAAAAGAUUCCUAAUGCCUGAAAUUGGUGUGCAUUACAGUAGUCCAUGUGGGGCUUCUUUGAGAUGGUUUGGAAGCUAUAUCUGGUGGAGAAUGUUACAGCCAGUUUUUUGAAUGGAGCACCUUGACGUGCACAUAGUGCACCUGUGCUGAGGGAACUGCACUAGCUGUUUUUAUGAUCCUGUUUAUUGCUGUAUUUUUGUACGUUGCUUAGACCUUUACUAAAGUGGUUUAGUAAUGCUUUUAAAUAACUAAAUACUGAUGGGUGCUGCUUUGCUUUUUGUGGGCUGUACUGAUAGCAUUUGGCACAUUAAACAGAGCAGCUCCUGACUCUGCAUUUUCUAUCUUUCUAGGAGCACUUUCAGAGUGGCUGGCUGACCACCCUGUCAUGAUCAACAAUGUCUUACCCCUGGUGCUACAGGCUCUGGGCAAUCCUGAGUUGUCCAUCUCUAGUGUCUCAACCCUUAAGAAAAUCUGCCGUGAAUGCAAGUAUGACUUGCCUCCCUAUGCUGCCAACAUAGUUGCUGUCUCUCAGGUAACUGAAAUAAUGGGCUAAGGAUACAUGGUUUUAUGAGACAAUGGAAGUUUAAGUGACUGACUAGUUUUGAGCUGUAUGUAAAGGAGAGAUCAUUCAACAGGGCUUAAAGCAGUAGGAACAUUCUGAGGAGGAUAUCUGCGUGUGUAUGUGAGAUUUAGUGGGGUAAAUAUUUAUUGCACAUUGUCAGAAUGGGAAUUCUGACUGCAUGUAUCAGUUAAAAUAACUUGAAUCUUAUCAGUUUGAAGGUAUGUGUGCAUCUGUUUUGGCAGCUGGCAGGGUGGGUUGACUUUGAGCUACUUCUGCAGUGGAAAUUUGGUCAAGAUUCAGCUCAGCCUUCUGCUUAACUAAAUGCUGUCUUUGGUUUCCCCUUCACAUUUCCUGCUAGAAGAGGAAAAAUUAUGCUUGCAGGGUGUGUGGAGGAAACAGAACUGUUGACCCUUGUUGCUGACAUUAUGGAGCUUGGGAGACAAGCUAUAUGAAACCGCUGCCUAUAAUGAAUCACUGAUGACUACUUAUCCAUUAUGAAGCAUCCUUGAGAAGGGUUGGCUUUCACUGUAGGAGGGAGAGGGUGCUUAUUGAUUAUUUAUUCAGAUAUUUAUAAGCUGCAUUUUAAGAUCAAGCCCUCACCGGUAUGUAAAAAGAUUGAUGCAAGAUAACAAUAGGUACAUCAGACAGGUGUACAACUACUAUGAGAAAGCUGCUCUGAAUCAUACAAGUCUUUAACACUCUUCAGGAAAAGCAGUAGAGAGCUUUUCAAGGCCCUCUUAAAAGCAUGUAUGGAAGGGGCCAAGCUUAAGUUAAUCAGAAGGGAGUUAGCCUUCUCUUGCUUAUCCACUUUUCCUUGAAAUUUCAUAGCGCCCAUGCUCCAGAUCAGUGUUUGUCUCCCAGAGUUGUCAGUUGAUAUUGUGGUUGGAGCAUUGUUAAAUGUUUCUGCUGUGGGGCGAGUACUCACUUUCUCACAUCUUUCCUUCUAUAGGAUGUGCUAAUGAAGCAGAUUCACAAGGUAAGAUACUUAUACUCCUCCCUGGUGCAGAGGGUCAAAGAGUGUACGGAAUAUAUGAUUACCUAUCAAGUUAUUAUUUCCGAAGUAUUGAGCAUUCCAGUCAAUGAGAGGAGGAUUAGAGGAAUUGGUGAAAUUGGGUGCAUGUCUCCCAAACAGAGUUUUGAUCAGGAGUGGGGAAUCUGUGACCCUCCAGAAGUUGCUGGCCAUUGGCUUUGCAGGCAAGAACUGUUGGGAGUUGGAAUCCAAAAGCAUCUGUAGAGUCACACAUUUUUCUUUCCUAGUUUAGAUAGACAUCCAUUAUGUUUCCAGGCAUUCCAAAGCUGCAUGAAAGAGUCUUAUUUGUGUUUAUCUGUGACUCAGGGCUCUGACAAUGGCUAUUUUGGUGCUAAGUUCUGGCACUAAACACAGGUUUCUGUGUUGAGACUUCCAGAAGGCAUAGCUAAGACUUAAGCAUUAGAGUUGACGAAGAAUAGAGGGAGAAUAAACUCCAACUGAGAUGUAGUGUAGCAUGAAUUUCUGAGGAUAAUAGGAGAAACUAAGAAUGUUGUCCAUCUUGUUCUGCCCCCAGACAAGUCAGUGCAUGUGGCUGAUGCAAGCUCUGGGCUUCUUGCUCUCUGCCCUCCAAGUGGAGGAGAUUUUGAAGAACCUGCACUCACUGAUUACUCCUUACAUCCAGCAGCUGGAGAAGCUGGCUGAUGAAACGGUGAGCUACUUCACUUGCUUGGUGGUGGCUGUUUGCCAACCUUCUUUUAAGAAAGAAUAGAGCCUGUUGUGUGUAAAACUCUACUCUUCUUCUUGCAAGUUGUGCCUUGUUUUAACCAUACCUCCCUGGUCUUGCAAGCCUCUCAUUUCUUAUCUCUGUCCUCUGGUUUUUAAAUUCCUUCCCCCUGCCCUGUUUUCCAUUAUGCUUCUGGAGUCAAGAACGGAGUGGGUGAGAAUUGGCUGGGGUGGGUGGGAAUCAAUCACUAGACUAUGCUUCACAGUUGUGCUGUCCAUUCUUGCUGCCAAUCUGGGACAUCUGAUGUGAGUGGCCCAUAUCCUGGGUCUACUGUAACUGCUAUAGUGAUGCCUUGCCUUGCAGCCAAACCCCUCCAACAAGCUGGCCAUCAUCCACAUCCUGGGCUUGCUCUCCAACCUCUUCACCACAUUGGACAUCAGUCAUCAUGAUGAUGAUCAUGAGAGCUCAGAGGUCAAGAAGCUGCCGGUGCCUCAGGGCCCCAAUCCGGUGGGUGUUACAUGUGUCUGAGUAGUUCUUUUUAUACAUUAGGGCAUACAACUCCAUGUUUAUUUGGCUGUGCCUCUUCCCUGCCAUGUAACUGUAGGCAGCUUCUUCUAACUUUUGAAGGGCAGUAGCAUAGAAUGGUUGAAGGGUUGUGAAAAUAGGUGGUGUACAACAUAGCACUGUGUGUGUGUUACUUUAACUAUUGGAAUGAGCCCGUGUAGAUUAGCCACUUCAUCACCGCAGAUUGUGAGCUUUUUGACGUGACUACUGAGUGAUCAGAAGAGAGCUCAGAAUGUCCCUUCAAUUGUGUAUAUUUUCUUUGUGUUCGCUUUUAAAAAGAAGUGAGGGCAGCUGCACAUCUGGUAUUGUGAGACUUUUGAAAACUACUCUGGCAUAAUAUGAGUUGUGGAGCAAUCUCUAGAGAGGCCUCUAAUACCAUCUUUUCAUCCCUGGAUCUGAAUGGUUGUGAGCUGUCUCCUCCUCCUCAAACUGUAGUAGACCAAGCCAGUUUCAUAAUUAUCUUCUAUCUUCUUCCUCUAGGUAGUGAUGGUGCUGCAGCAAGUCUUCCAGCUUAUCCAGAAAGUGCUCAGCAAGUGGCUGAAUGAUGCCCAGGUUGUGGAGGUAAUGCAUCUUCUAGGUUAAAAAACAAGCAACACUUUGCCCACAUAGCUAUAGCUAGAUAGGAGAUUCCCAGGUUGGCACUGGUGGUUGUUGGCAGAACUUGAAGAAUGUAUGUUUGUGAUGUUGGAUAAGUCUCUCUUUUCAGUUGAUUCCCACAUUGUGUUCAAUUUGGUAUUCUACUUUUAGGGUUAGGAGUUUGGCCGACCACGCCAAACUUGCCUCACAGAACUGAAUUGGAGGUGGGUGGAGGAAACUAUAUAUGGCACCUCAGGCUUCUUUGAGGAAAGGUGAAGUACAGAAUCAAUAGAUAUUUAGCUAAGGAACAAGUUAUUUAACCAGUCCUCCCUUGAUGCAGCCCUUCCUCUUCCCACAGUCUGUGUGCUCCAUUUUUGAAAAGUCUGUGAAGACCCUCCUGGAUGACUUUGCACCCAUGGUGCCUCAACUGUGUGAGAUGCUGGGCCAGAUGUAUAGCACCAUUCCUCAGGCAUCUGCCAUUGAUCUCACUCGACAGGUAAGUCUAAGUACUAGAAUUCCUGGAAGCUACUAAGUUUACAAUGGAGGCUGAUUACUCAACAGAUUAAUUCCUACCCACUUAGUAUCUUUAGCUUGUCUCCUUUGUUUUGUUCAAGCACAGAUAUUGCUCAAAAUGUGUUUUCCCCCAUACACACGAAUUGUGUAUGCACAUAUCUGAGAAGCUACUGUAGUGUUCCUAUGCCAGCUGGUCUCUGUCUCCUUUGCUGUGUUAGCAGCAAGGGUCUUGUUGAUGUUUUUAGGCAAAGAACAGGCAGCUAGACUUACACGGGGGAUAGCUAGGGGCUACAAAUAUGGAAUGGAAUGGGUCAAACCAGACUGCUCUGGCUUCAGUCUCCUUUGUAUUUUAUAUCCCCAGCUGGUUCACAUCUUUGCCCAUGAGCCUGCCCAUUUCCCACCUAUCAAGGCGCUCUUUCUGCUCGUCACAUCAGUUACGCUAACACUGUUUCAGCAAGGUACGUGUGCUUGGGCACCUUCAGUCUUGUGAGGCUGCCACGUUGAAAACUGCUGUUCCUGGUUUCAGCUGUUCAGACUCGACUAUAAGGUGUGUGCAGGUGGGGGGGGGGAGGGAACACCUUCCUCAGGUCAUGGCUGUGCUCAUUCAGUUCCAAAAGCUUUUAGCUGGUACAGAUGAAGAUGAAAAGCUCUUGCUGAGGUGGACUCUCUGGCAUGCUUCUCCUCAGGUAUCAGUGCCUGAGUGGACAGUAGUGCUGCCAUUUCCCCCUCUUCUCCUGUCCUUCAUGACUGGAAAUGUGCCCUCCCCGUGUCAGAUUCCUGGGUUAGGGCCCCAAGAGGAAGAUGAAGCGAGCAAUCGGCUCUGAGUAGAAAGCAAGAAUCACUCAGGAGUGUGUUGUAAUGUCUUUCAGUUAACCCCAUCAUGGCUCUUUAUGGAGUCGACCAUAUUCAUCAGGGUUGUUUUUUUCCUGUGGCCUAAAUAAAACAUUUGUCAUGUGGACUCUGUAUCCUAUCUCCCUGGUUCUCCAGCUCAAAGGAUUCCUUUUACAGCUUUGUGAAAUUCCCAGCAAGUGUUUGGACUUGCCUUUGCAUGGAACUGCCCUAUUGACUCCAUGUUGACCCCAGCUGAGAUGAAAAGCUUGGAAUACAUGUACAGAUCCAGUCAGCAUGGUUGGUGGGGUAUCUGCUUCCUUCUCCAGGUUCUUGUUUGAACUCAGAAUUGAUGGGGAGCAACUAGUACUUGGAGUGAUGCCCUGUUACUGCCUGACUGGGUCAGGCAUAGCCAACAUGGAGGAAGAGAAUUCUCAGAUCCAGGAAAGCUUAUGUGAUAAUAAAUUUGCUAAAUUUCUAAUGCCACAAGGCUUUCUGUUUUGUGGAAUGGAAGUAUGCUUACCAGCAACCACACUGGCCUUUCCCUGCAGAAAAUGCCAGAAAGUUGGGUUCUUCCCAACUAGGCAGGCAUGUGGACAUGGGUGUUAGGAAAAUACUGUGUUGGGACUGUCCAUCCGGCACUCUAGUGGAUUUCCAAUACUUUGUGCCUACUCCAUGUCAAUACUGGAUUUGUUGUUUGACUCUGGAGUUGUCUUUCAGGACCAAGUAAAUCAUGAUAACAUGUAUCCAGUUCAAAUGUGCUCGUUCUCCACAUGAAGCUGGUGUCCAGUUAGCUCCUGCUUCUCUCUUCCCUUGCUAGGGUGCAAUGAGCUCUCCCCUUCCUAUCCUUGGUGCUUGGCAGGGGACUCUGGGCACAGGCCUAUUCCUUUGCACUUUCUUUCUGUUCUUGGGUUUCCAAGCUCCAUGAUUUUUGUAUGUUUUGUUUCUUUAACUUGCUUCAAGCUGCUCAUGUGCCUGCCCUCCUCAACCCACCCCCUUGCACCCUCCCCUUCCUUCCCUUACUCCUGUUUUCACUUGUAAAUUCUUUCUGUAUCACAUAACUAUAUGAUGUUGAGUUGCUGUUUGUAUGAUUUUUCUCUUCAGUUACAUCUUUAUUAUAUUUUUAGGGCCCAGGGAUCAUCCUGAUAUUGUUGAUUCAUUUAUGCAACUCCUGGCACAGGUGUGUUUUAGUUUCUUAUUCAUUCACUUUCUGUUCUCUCUCUUUCUCUUUUUUAAUUCAAUUUAAACCUAUUUUUAGCUUUCUGUUGACAACGUUUUUUCCUUUUAGUUGAAUAUCGAGUUUCUCCAUCUGUUUCCGUGGAAGUUGAAAACAAAACAUUCUCCUUUUUCAUAGGUGUGAGUUUGCCCUUUCCAUUCCCCAAGGGGCAAUACCUAGUGAUGCAACAAGGCUUGUAGGUUGGGUUUGUUUUCAGGUCAUGUGGUGUGGCCUUGCCCAGGAGGGGGCUGCUGAAAAAUUGGUAAAUGUAGUUCAAGAGUUCUGGCAGCAGCAUUCCAGUCCUGGUAUAGAUCUGCGUGCUUUUCUGAAGUGACUCUGACUUCUUUACAAAUGCUGGCAAGUCCAUAGUUUCUGUUUAUUAGGUAGGAGUGAUGUAUUCAGUAACUUGGUGGAUCUGGGAGGGGCAGCUGAUCUAAUGGGCAAGGAUAGCAGAUGAGCCUUGUCUCCCGUGUUUGACCCCAAAACCCUUCUGCACUCCAGCAUUUCUGCCAAGGCUUCCUGUGUCUGGUGUUUUGUUUUUCCCCCCCAGAUUGUGCAUCUUCCAUAGAGCUCUGUCUCUAAUGCUGUAAUGACAUCAUGCACAGGGCAGGGCAAAGCAGUGGUGGUGGAAUACAAACAGAGGCUGGUGGGUAUCAUUCCCUGGAGUAAGUGAAGGAUGAAGCACCCCCAGCAAGUGGAUUAGAAUGAGCAAUCCCUAGACUGAAAAUAAGCUGCAGCACUAAGAACUGAUGGAGCAGAAUGGGGUGGGAUCUUAUAUAUUGAUCUCCUGACUGUAAUAAGAUGCUCUCUCGUUGGCUCUGGUUUAUUGUUGCCUAAUGGGGUUUCUGUAUACUGUGAUGGGGGAAGUAUCUGAGUGCUUAGCUCCCCCUUGUGGCAGUUAAUACAGAUGCAAAUAUGGGAGGCAAUGUUGCUAAUAGGUAAAGGUAAAGGGACCCCUGACCAUCAGCUAAUACUCACACUUCUCUUCAGUAACACAGUAACAAACUUCCAGAAAAUUCUGAAAUUUGACAACAGCAAAUCACAAAAUUAAAAUGCCACCCUUUAGAGUUCUUAUUCUUGUUUUGUCAUCAUGUUAAGGGGAUGUCAGCUAUCAAUGUACAGUUAAAUAUCAAAUACUGAAAUCAGUUAUAAUUAUAUAGGUGGAGCCCUAUGGUGGAUCCAUGUUCUCAGGAAAGGGUUGGAACAAUCUCAUCCUAGGAGGGGGGGGUAGGGAGUAGCUUUAGCCAGAUGAAGGAAAAGGAGUUGGAAUGGUAGAUGUGAAGAGAGGGACUAGGAGAAGCCCCUGGGGCAUCCAGACACAGUUGAAAGCCCCACAGUAGCUCAUGCAGUUCGACAUGGAACAACUUGGGACCCCAGAUCUUCUGACUGACUGCAUCCAGAUGAGACCUAAUCACCAGCCAAUAUUCAUCCUGAAGAAUUAAAAAAUGCAGCACUGUGUCUGGGACAGUGGGUGUCAUAGUUUGGCCCAUGCUGGAAAUUAAAGCAGUAGUGUUUCAGUGGACUCAAAACAACACUAUUAAUACUUUUUUAUAUUGUAUGUCUUGCUCUCUUGCAUAUAUACACACAUAUAUAUACACACACACACAUACACACACACUUUCCUCCCUUGGUUGAAUAAAUAUUGUUUGUUUGCCUCCAUAAAAUUUGAGAGAAGCUCAAAUUAGAAGUUGCCUAGGUUUGGGCUGAUUUAGCUACUAGUGCCCAGUAUGUUUUGUUCACCACUUCUUUUGGAGAUGUGAAAGCUGGUGGUCUGGAGACACUGCACCCUACAUCUUGGGGUCACUGGCAUUCUUAUUGUCUCUUAUUCUACUUCAUCUGUGAGCCUAAGUCCCAUUGCACUUUUGCUAUCUCUCAGCAUUCACAUUAAAACUUAACACACACCCCAAAAGAGGAGAGAGAGGCAGCUGAUAUACUGGUUAUUCCCCAUAUUGUCAUUAGCACUUUCAUUCUUUCUUUGAGUAAAAAAAAUAAAAUACUACCUCCUGGUCCGCCAGUCCCACAAAACAGCUUACAAUAAGAUACAAUAAAAUUCUGAAGCAAUAUUCAAAACACUUGUAACUAAAAGAUUAAUUACAGUAGUCCAGCAUUUGAAACUCUUCAUCUUCCAACUGCCUUGCUAAAAAUAUGUUUGGGCCAUGCACCAAAAUGCAUCUUAGCAGACUCUCUAGAGAGACACUUCCAAGGGCAGGCUGCCAUCACUCAAAGAGUCAUGCUCUUUGUGGCUACCAGCCUACAUACACCUGUAGUACUUGGAGCAAGAACUCAACUAAAACAAAAGAGGCAGAGUGGAUUUAUAUGGGAGAAUAUGACCCUUGAGGUAACAUGGUUCCAAACUAUGCAUGGUUCUGGAUUCUGUAUGAGGCAAAGAGGACUGGGUUGCAUUUGAAAGUGCAACUUCUGCAGUCUGCCAUUUUCCUAUAAUUUGCUGACAGUGUCCCGUUGGCAGAAUGUCACCUAUACCCUUCUCUCUUGGAGUAAGCCUAAAUUGGCAAUGCCCUAGAAGACUUAUGUUAACAUUUGCUGUGUUUAACUUGCCCAACUGGUGGCCCAUGUCCAGGCUCGUUCUGUCCCAACAACCAAGUUAAAAGACACUGGAUAUAGGAAUAUUUGAGAAGUCUGAAAUCCUAGGGGAAUGUUCUCCCCUCACGCUUAGUGUGGAGACAAAUCAGUAGGAAAAUUCUUCACAGCAUCAGCAUCAGGCAUGCACUUUCUUUGAAGCCAUCUAGUGAGACUAGAAUACAGGCCUAGCAGAAGGGUCAGUUUGCUAAAAUGAGAAGACCAUUGAGUAUGUAACAACACUGCUUGUCCAUUCAAGUGGACUGGUACAUUGUGAAACAUAAAUGUUGUGUCUGUGGGCAGAAUUAUGCAAGAAUAUAUACCAUUUUCCUUUCUUUGUUCAAAAAUCAAAUCAUCUUGAUUUGCAAGUAUUGCCCCACUAAUGCCUAUAUUAUCCCUAAAUCAAAAGACCAGCAGCCUAGGCUUAAAUAUACAUUUGAGCUUUCCUGAAAUUGUGUGUGUGUACUGCCAUGUAGAAGAAAAAAAGAAGUGAAGAGGAAAGGGAGAUGCAAAAGAAUGAUCUUUUGUUGGAACAAUUUUAAUUGCUUAAAAUGUCAGAACACUAGAGUCAUUCCUCUAGCAUAGGUGUUUACAUGAAAAUUUUAAAUAUGUUCUUAGAGGUCCUAGUUUUAGCGCACCCCCAUAAGGUUGCUUUGAUACAAAGGUAGUUGUUGAGAGACAAAGGGUUAGUGUCAAGUCAUGAGCAUAUUGUGAGCUAGCACUGAGUUUCCUUUAACUCGCUGUCAUUAUGUGGUAUAUUGGCUAAAUUGUUUAUGGAGACCUGUAUAGGUAUUAAUAUAAUUUAUUCUGCAUGGUUUCAUUUGCUUCACUUUGGAUAUGAGCAAAUGUUUCAGUAAUGGAAUACAAAGAUGUGUGGGCUUAGACAUUUGAUUUAAUUGGCCUUUUUAUCUAUUUCUAUACUGAUGGCUCACAAUGCACUGUGUACUAAGCAAAUCUGUUUCCACUUAGUUGGCUGUAACACAUUGUGGGAGGAAUUCAACAUAGCACUAUGGCAAUCAUUCUGUCAAAGCAAGCGCUUCAUCUUGCCAUAUGGAAUGAUGCCCCUCUCUUCCUCCUGCAGGCUGUUUUGGGGGGCCUCCUGGCCCUUCUCCAGCCAAUUUGGGUGCAGGGAGAGGGAAGAGGGGAAGCCCCAUUGCGCUAGUUCUGCUAGUGGGGCUCAUUAGUUGAAACUGGCCGUCAAUAUGUAAAAAUGUACUUGGAGGGAUGCAAACAAACGAAACAUUCUUUACUAGGGUGAUGGAAUAAAAAUCAUUUUUAAAACUUUAGAGUAUUAGCAACAUUCCGUAGCAGUUUUAACAGUAGCAUUUGCAAUACAAGAGCCAUUGAAAACUCUGCAGAUUAGCACCAGGCAGAUAUUUACCAUUGCAUGACAGAAAGGGACAUAACGUUGGAUCAUAGGAAGAUGCCUUACACCAGGUCAAACCAUUGGUCCAUCUAGCUCAGUAUUGUCUACACUGACUGGUAGUGGCUCUGCCAGGUUUCAGGCAGGGGACAUCCCUAGCCCUACCUGCAGAUGUCGGCAAUUGUACCUGAGAGCUUCAGUGUGCAAGGCAGAUUCUCUGCCACUGAAUUACAGCCCUUCCCUUAACUCUUUUUGCUCCUUCCACCUGGGUGAUGAACAAGUGGACAAUCAAGGUGUGUAGAGUGGAAACUGAGAAUGCAAAGCUUUGGAAGCUAGUCAUUGCAGCAAUUGGUAUCCAGUUGCAGGUACAACAAGCAAUACUUCUGCAGCCCCGGAAGAUCGUGCUUCAUUGACAAAGCACAUACUUCACAUAGCUAUAUGGGAGUAUAAGUUGUUUAGGGCCCUGUUUGUUAAUAGGUCUCACCUUGUUUUGCGAAUGCCAUGGUGGAGCAGAUGUUUAGGUCAUUCAGGAAUGGAAGUAACAGUGGGAACUGCUGUCCAAGGUGCUGAAAUGGAUAGGCUCGCAAAAUUCUUGCCUGUGCUUGCUGUCUAUGGUGCUGAAAUAAGCUGCCAGGCAGCAAUAUUUAUAUUAAGUCACAAGUAAAAUCAGCCUUUUUGUAGUUUAACAGGAAUAUUGAAACUAGAUGAGCCCCCUUUCCUGACGGUGUAAGAAAGGAAUUCCCACAUAUCUGGAUUUCUUCAUUUGUAGCAAAGUAGGAAUCCUAGUAGGUUGUUUCUAGGUAAUGUUUCAAUUACAUGUGUCUUCAGAGGCUCUUAAUUACCUGGAGUCCUUGAUGCCCUUGACUUCAGAAGUGUCCUACUUAUGUUCUUUCCCUUCCUGCCAUAUCUGACUUACUGUGCACCAUGGCUGAUGGCCAGGUAAGUGCACAUGGGGGUCUUGGCCAGGGAGCUAUUCUGUGGCACUUUUUUGCCCCGGCUUGCCAGAGCUGUGUUUAUUGUCUGUGUAUGUGUGUGUACCUUGCAGGCACUCAAACGGAAACCUGACCUGUUCCUGUGUAGCAGCCUGGAUGUCAAAGCAGUAUUCCAUUGUGGUGAGUAGGCAGGCCCCGUAAGACUAAGCUAUCAAAAAAUUGAGCUCCCUUGAUGCAGUUGGGAAAGCUGAUUUAGCCAAAUGAGGCAGUGUUUCUUAAAGGUUCAGAUAUAUGACAACAGCCUGCAUGUUUGAUGUAGAAACACCCCUCCAAUCAGACCAGCUGAAGCUCCAUGUAAAGUCCUUAUGCUUGGAGGAGGGAAGGCUCCUUUCCUUUCCGCUCCUGUGGAAAGCUUUGAAUUGUGUUAGCUGAGUCCUGAAGUGUUGCUUUCCCUCUAGGUGUGAUCUCCUUGAAGUUCCCUGAAGCACCAACUGUCAAAGCUGCCUGUGGCUUUUUUGUGAGUGUUUUGCUUUUGCUAGAUCUGCCAUUGGCCAAUGGUACAGGCAGAGUUGCGUUUGGGCCAAGUGGCUUGGAAGCACUUGUGCUGGGACAGGAUGGAGAAGAACUCCCAGAACUGGUGAGAGGGAGCCUCCUCCAAAUUCCAGAAAGGAGCUUCUCCUUUCAUAAGUUGCCAUUUGGGCCUUUUUAUUUUCUUUUGCAGUUGGGAUUUUUUGUAUGGAGGCAUUUUCUCCUAACUGUAUAUGCCUCCACUCUGUUUGGACAUGUAUACAGGAAUGUGCUUGUCUCCUACAUGGAACUGGAGACAGAUGGCUAUAUAUCUGAGUUCUAGCAAUACAGUUUGCAUCAACUCCUUCUCACUGUUUCUUACAGACUGAGUUAUUGCCACGUUGUGGGGAGAUUCCACCGGUGGGACAAGUGGUACAUGAGAAUGGCAAAAUGCUGCUGCAGGCUGUGCUUGAGGUAAGGAGUGGGGCUUUUCAAGCUAAGUCAGGGACAAUUAGAAGGAAUAACUGGAAGGAGCCAUGCUCACAGAUAAGCUGCACUUAUUCCAGUAUGUUUUAUUAAUUCAGCUCCCUUCUAACCAGAAUAUCCCUGAAUGAUUUGCAGCCUGAUCUAGUAUUUCAUGUCUUACUUGGAAGCGUGUUCCACUAGGUUCAGUGGUGCUUACUCCCAAGCAAGUGUGCCACCUUGGCCACUUCCUUUUUAAAAACACUUCCUUGAUGCAAUCUGCUGGAGCCUUCUUAGGUUUGUAAUGUAAUGUUCCCUCCUGCAGUGCAGUCUCCUGGGAGGAUUAUUGUCUGGUGUUAACUGGAUUUGCUCCAUCUGCAGGGUGUAGGUGGCCAAGCCGCACGCAACUUGAUGGAUCACUUUGCUGAGAUCCUCUUUGCUCUCAACAAGCACUGCUUCAGUUACUUGAGUGUCUGGAUCAAGGAAGUGAUGCAGCAGGAUGGUUUUCCAUCAGCCCGUGUCAGCCCUGAACAAAAGGAAAUCUUCAGCCAGCAAAUUCUCAGGUGAACUUUCUCUUGAAGACUUUUCUGGAAGACUGAGUUGGGGAAGAUGUGUGAGCGGGUUUCUUGGCUCUUCAGCUUUCUAUCUGUGCCCCCAAAUUGUCAUGAGUGAUCAUGAUAGAUACUGAGCAUUUCUCCAGGUUCAAUAGUCCUCCCCAGAAUCUUCUACAAUAAAGAGCUUGCUUAUUUUUUUAUUUUUUAGUAAAUUAAUUAAGAUGUUCAGAAAGGUUCAAGGUAUUUAUAUAAAGUAGAGGUAAAUAGAAAAGGGCAGCACAGAAACUAAACAUGAACUUGAGUUUUUAUCCUUGUAGAGACAUGGUACCUAUCUUGGUGUUGCUUUGGUUUCUCCUUUAAGCCCCUGCUACUCCAUGUAAACACCCAUGAAUUCACCAGCAUUUAAUAAUUAUUAUAACAGGAACAUAAGCAGAGCCUGCUGAAUCGGGCCUUUGGCCUGUUCUGGCAGGUUCUUCUUGUAUUGUUAUGGCUGGAAGAGCAGGAUUCACUAGUUUAAUCCAGCCACCGAUGAACUGAGAUGCACUGGUGAACGAUAAUUUGCAGAACAGGAACAUGAGUUAUUUGAAAGAGGAUGUCUUAAUGGAGGGCAGCAAUGAUUAUAGUAGCUGUGCGGAGCACGUCUGCAGUACCCAGCUCUCAGUGCUAGGGAUUCCAUGGGUUUGGCACUGGGUGGUGCCCUUGUGUAUGGGAACAUCCGACUCAGCUCUAGCUGGUUUUUUUAAGUGACUCAUUCACCAUUCUUCUAUAUCAGCCUUUUAUCAUUCUUUUUCUGUGUUAUCAGAGAGCGUGUGAACAAACGGCGUGUGAAGGAGAUGGUAAAGGAGUUCACACUGCUGUGCCGAGGACUGCAUGGUACCGAAUACACAGCAGACUACUGAGGGGCCAUGUAGCAAAACAGGAGCAUGAACAGAUCUGCUGGCUACCUGCCACUGCCUAAUGCUGCUAUUGAACCAGCUCAUAGGACGAUAACUGCAACUAACCUGCUGAGGCUGCUCCUCUCAAGAAUGAGCUGUUUGUCCAUCCCUCCUGCAUGUUCAGAGGCAGCAGGCUACAAGGACUUGGAGCACAGGCUGGAGCUGAGGAGAUUUCCUCCCCCUGCUAGACUGGUGCAAUGAUUGCCCCUUGUUUUCCCAGCACACUCCUGUAGACAUAUCUGUGGUAUUGUCUGUUCCUAAAGAGUCUGCCUUUGCCCUGCAUGAGGCAGCUUCUGUCUGACUGAAGUGGAAGGCCCUGCAGCCUUGAAUUAUAUUAAGGCUUUUCUAAGCUGUGGUGUUUGAUGAAUUGGGGGAAGAGAUGUAACUUCUGGACAAUAUUGGGCAGGGGAGGGUAAAAAGCUGUAGCAGCUGCAGUUGCACUUAUAGCUGCCCUAGCCUAACGGGUAAUAAAGAAGAGUAUGAUGUCGUUUUGGACAAAGAAGAAAUCCAAAUUCUGCAACAAAGUAUUGGAAAGAAUCAAAGUUAGCUUCUCAGAAGGAAGCAUACCUGCCAGCCUUUGCAUUUCUUGGUGUGCUGGCAAAGUUGCGUAACCAGUUCAAAUUUUCUUUUUGCAGUCAACAAUCUAUAGGAGCAUCCCAUGGAAGGCAUAUUAUCAUACUAGCCUGUAAUAUGAAUGAUAGUUUCUAGGUUCAUUUAAAAGGGUUGCAGCCACCUUUACACGCUCUGAUGAAAAAUAUCCCUGGUUGCUUCUACAGCUGAAGAUCAAGAUGUGACAAUGGAUCUGAGGGUGUGCUACUGUUUAUGGUGGAAGGAUGGAAGAGGAGCAAAUAAUUUUCAUAUGGGGGAUUGUUGGUAUUGCAGGUUUGGAGACUAACCAGGUUGAGCAAAUGUGCAAUUUAGAAUGACUCCAGGGCCAGUUUCAGUCUUACCUCCCCAUAGAACAUGAGUAGGUUCCUAACUUGGGACUUGCUGUAAUGUUUCCUAACCCUCGGUAGUGAAACUCAGUUUACAUAAGAGCAGGUUGGGAUGGCUUGAACCUUAGUCAAUCCUUUCUAUUUAACAAGAGCUUACCAAAGUAACCGUUGAACCAUCUAAAUAACAAUAGCAGAUACCGGUGUGGUAGGUACUGGAGCAGAAGUUCUCAAACACAUUUGCAGGCUCCAUUGAGGUGGUUUGUGGGGUGGUCAAAAGUAUCUGUACUUGGCACUGCACUUUAUAUUUUCUGAUGAUGGAGAUGGACUUCACAGAACGUUGCUCACAAAAAAACAGGCAUAUCCAUCGCAUUAGAAAUAAAAGACUGCAGUUGUUUAGAGUAUGAGUUAUAAAACAAAAAAGUAGCUGGCUGAGCCCUGCACCAUCCACAGCAUUUUCCAAGUGGUCUAUGAAAAAAUGGUUUGAGAACUGCUAUACUAGAGGUUUAUGUAGACAUCAGCUGGAGCUUCUGCAUUUCCAAGGCAAAACAUGUUCUUGGGGAAGAAUAUGCUUAUGGGACAACAGAAACUGAAACAAAAUCAGGCAUCUUAAGUAAAUGCAAAAAGUAGCAUACUGACAAUGCACUGUUCUAGGUCAAGUCUUGAAAAGUGAAUAGGGUAUACCGUAUUUUUUUCCAAGUAAGGGUUGUUCCAGUUCAGGCAGAUGAAGUACUCUGAAUCUGGAAACAAGAUAAGCAUUUUGUGUAAUCCUGGCUUGUUAAGUAACUGCUUUCACUGGUUUAAAAAGUCAAAUUACAUCAGAAACCUUCACAUCAAAUGUGGACUUAAUGUUUAACUAAUCAGUGCAACCAAGUAGUUUAUGUGUUUUGAUCAGAAAUUGGAGUAGUGAUCUGUAAUUAAGUAAUCUAUAAGAUGGCUUGGUGGCUUAUCUUGAAUAGCUGUGAAACCUUCACAUUGCACAUGGAAAGAACAAAGUACAGUUGGCUAUAUUAGGGAAAAAGCAGUACUCCGGUAUUUCUAUAGCAGUGGCCAUGAUUACACCCCGGUAAAGAGAAGUAUCUACAUUAAUGCACAAAAUAAGCAGUACUUGGCAGAGAAUGUGCCUUCUAGGUUUGGGCAUGUGGUACAUUGCUGCACCUUCUCUCUUUCCACUGAUUUCAGUGUUUCUGUCUGGUGUUCUUUGCACUGAAACAUUCCUUUAAAAAGUAGCAUUUUGAGGCUGUGUGCUAUACCUUUCAGUUAUUUAUUUGAAGCUCUUACUUCCAUGCUGCUUAUCUAAGCACUCCACACUUUGCCUUAUUAGGAAAGGUAUUGAUCACUGGUGUGGUCAUGGGCUGCUACAGGGCUUAGCAUAUGAUGUUGCUGCUUUCUGGAACCUGAUACCUAUGCAACUGCUGUCCAGGACCUUGACUGAUGAGCUUGCAUUGCACAUGUCUUCAUAGGUGGUAUAAGUAGAAUAGAAGGUACAAGCAAGAGACUGUAAGAGGCCAUGGAACUGAAUCUUACUUUGCAGCAUGGAGCAAAAAGCAACAUAAUCAUUACUAGCUUGUGCAAAAGACCGCCUGUUAUACCUUUCUUGUGGUGUGUGUGUGUGGUUUUUUUUUUUUUUUUUUGGUCUGGUAUGGCAUGGCAGUUGGAGAAUGGAAUGUGGAGGUGAUGUUCUGAAAAUAGUGUUCAGAGGAAACAAACUUACGGAGAUUAGGAACAGUGCUCAUGUCUAAACAUGGCUUCUCCACAGUUAUGCUGCAUUUUGUAGUAUGGCUUAUGGAGUUGCAUACUUCCUUGGUUAUUCAGUAUUCUUGUUUGCCCCACUCCUGUCUAUCUUAGCCUUUCUGUCUAUAACUCUUAAGCUAUUGCUAUGCGGUGGUCUCUUUCUUCACUUUUUGGACCAUGUGUGAAGGGUAGAGGUGUGUGACUUCUCUACAUUGCGGGUGGCCGUGUAAAACAGGGAUAGCCAAUGUGGUGCCCUCCUAAUUAUGAUGGGCUACCAUUACAUCUAACUAAUGGCCAUGCUGGCUGAGGCUUGUGGGAAUUGUAGUUCAGCAACAUCUGAAGGGCCAAUGGUUAGCCACCCUGGUGUAAAAUAACUCACCUGGCUGCUUCUAGGGCCUUGGCCUGCUACAGGAUGCCCCUCUCAUUUCAGCAAACUAUUAUAACAGCAGCAGAAGGUGAGCAGGAGCACCAGGAAAGCAGCUAUGAUAUGGUAUAAGCAGUGUUAUAAACAGAAUGGGCGCAACAACGGAAUGUCUAGGCACACUUUUUUGUAACAAGAUUGCAAAGCUGAAAAUGAAUGAACUGCAGCUAAAAUAUUAUGUUCAUUUUUCACAUGGUCUAUCCUUCUACUGCUCACCCCACUAAUAUUCUUGAGGGUCUCUUCUCCAGUCUUCAGAGAGUAGCUGGAAGUGGAAAGGUAGAAAAGGGUCCUUUCCUUCCACUCUGCAGUUUUAAUCUGAAAUCUUAGGCACAGUACUGCACCCAGAGCUCAGAAGCUACUUGCGCUAAUGGAAUUCCCUGUCGCAAAAUGUGCCUAGAACAAUGGGAAUUUUGAACACUGGGUAUAAGCUAGUCUUACUUCUCUGUACUACCCUGUGCUAUUUUAUGCUGUGCUCAUUUCUGGAGGUUCCCAUUCUACCAGUUACUAUCUCUCCUUCUCCCACUCCCAUGACUUUUCUUUUUUGCUGGUAUGUAUCACAAGCCCCCACCCCAGGGAUCAUACAUACGCAGCCAUAUACUAAGAGCAUUGGCCAGAUGGGCUGUAAUGUGCAUAGCAUACAGUGGCCCUCCUAUUAUCUGAUAAACAAUUAUGACGUUGAUUUGGGUGUAUUAAUGCUUCAGAAAAGUUGCCCAAAUAAGGAGAAAGGAAGGAUGCUAAUGGAUUUAAAAUAGAACUUUAUUUGGCAUAGCAAGGUCUACAAGUAGAGUUUAAAAAUGGUUUUUUUAUUGGCAAAUUAUUCUAAGUCUUAAAAAUGUUACUAGCUUUAACUGAAGUAGGUUCUUGACUUAAGGGAUGUAUAUAUCCCUUACUUGGUACAUCUUGUACCUUGUGCUCAAUGCUGUUUUGAUUCCUGAUUGGAUGGCAGAUGUUUACACAACACAGUGCCAACUGUGUUAUAUUUUUCUUCUCUAUUAGGAUAUGGAAUGAUGUUUCUCCUUUCUGUUUGAUAGGCAGUGUCAUAUAGUCAUGUUCAACAGAAAUAACUUUGAGCGUUAUAUUGGAUGGUACACAUCUAAGGAUGUCAGUGACUUAUGCUUGUGGGUUGGAAAUGACAAGUGGAUAAACAUAUGCUAUCCUGCUACUGGGAGGAAAGAUGCUAGUACAAAACUCUUUCUCCAACACAGAUCAACAGCCACCCCUUUCUUCAUUCUGUGCUUUUAAACUCCAAAGAGCUACAAAAUAUGUAACCUCCAGCUGAGCAGACAAUGCAUAUUUUGUAGGACUAUAACUGUAUGGAGAACUAUUGGGCUCCAUUUCUACUUGUUUCUAUAGGAUGCCAUUGCCUCUCAUGUUCUUGUGUGCUUCCCAUAGGUGUAGGUACGUGGUUGCCCACUGUGGGAAACAGGAUCCUAGGCAAGAUGGGCCUUUGGUUUAAUGCAGCAAGGCUGUUCUUAUUUAUUUACUACAUUUGUAUCCUGCCUUUCCUCCAAAGAGAUAUCAAGGAGAUAUAUAUACUUCUCCCCAUUUUACCUUCAACCCACCUUACAGGGUUGUAGUGAGUUGAGUGGCCCAAGAUCACCCAGUGAGCUUCAUGGCUGAGUGGGCAUAUGAACCCUGGUCUCCAAAGUCCUGUUCAACACUCUACCCACUAUACUGGCUCUUUAUCAUAGGAUUCUUAUACCCCAGCUAUUCAAAGCCUGGUUCUUGCUUCUGAGUCCUAAAAUUCAAUUCCUCAUGCUAUCAGCAAAUCUAACUCUUCGAGGAUACAAAAUCCUAGCUUCAAUAGGAAAACUUUUCCUGACUUCUAGUUAUACCUUUAAUACUGGACGGUGUGGAUUAGAUCAAGGUUCAACCAGAGUAUAAAAACCUGCCCUCCUUCCUCAAUCACACUCUUCUCUGCUUUUCCCAUGUAUGAGAAUACGGCAGAGGUUGAGCCUGGGCAUGUAGGGGCACGAUUGGCUUCCAAGAGUGCCCUAAGUUAUAGCUAACUAUAACUUCAACUUCCCAGUGGAAGCUGGACAAAUGGGGAUCUGUGGUAUAAUUCCACAUGUGAAUUAAGCUGCAAUGCUACACACCCCUGUUCCCCCAACAGAACCCCAAAUCUACUGUGCUGCCACUCUUAGCCCAGGGCUGCUUUAUGUGCACAGAUAAACACCAGCACAAUUGAGAGCACAGUGAGAAGAAUAGGUUUACUUAGCUUCUUAACAUAAAAAACACCAUUUGGCAGAACUACUGUAUUGUAGAUGUCAGCCAGUUAAAAUGUUGAUCUGUCCAUCCACCAAGAGGAAUGUCCAGGCCAGGGAAAGUGAUAUUCCUUGCCUUACACAUGUGGGUAGGAGGGAGAAGGUUGUGAUAAAAACCAUGUUUGGUUAUCUCAUCUAGAUGCAGAAAGGGAAGGCAACUUUUUCUCAGCAUGGCCCGGCUGGAACUGUCAUCCAGAAGGCUCAUCUUCAUAUGCAAUGGCAAUCCCCCGUCGUCCAGCCACGGCUUUUGUGACUGCUGACUGCCCCAGCUGCUGCUCCAGACCCCGCCAGCUUCGUGACUCCAAAAAUGAGGCUAAGACAAAAAAGCAAACAAAACAGAAGAGCAAUGAUCAUGGCAUAAAUGAUUUCCCCAAGCUGAAUUCCAGACACCACUCUGGAAGAGAACAGAGCUUACAGUAUAUUCAAGAUUAUGGAUGAAAGAGCCCAUGGGGCCCACUGCCCCACUCAUUACUGUAACUGUAAAUGGAGGAAGGUGACUAGGCUGCUAAUUGCUAUUCUGACACUAGCAUAAAUCUUUGAAACAUUCACCACAUAACAGACUUCAAAACAGCCAUUUUCAUCUCCCAAGAACAACCAUUAGUCACAAGAAAGGUCCUAACAGAUGAGAUUUGCCACCAUUUGUGUGGACCGUUAACAUAAUCCGUUCCCGACCCCUCGGACACAUACCUGCUGGGCUACUCUCAGCCAUAUGCAUAUGGCUGCGGCAGGUCACAGAAGUGCCAGAGCUUGGCUCUGGGUCUGGUGCUGUAUAAAGACAAGUUGAGCGUAGCUCGCCGGUGAUGAGUGAAAUGCUGGGUUCACUGUCAGCCUCUGAAACCUUGUCUGGGAAAGGGGUGUGCGCACAUGCUCCUGCAGGCAACAGCAAGGGAAAGAGUAACAGCUAAGCUUGGCCCAUCCAGAAUCAUGCCCUGCUUUUACCCACCUAAGGAUGAUCAAGAUGUGCAGAAUUAGCACAUGGAAAAACAGCUGUGGGUGGGGUUGGCAUUGCUCGCCUGGCUUCCCAACAUUCCCAACUUGAUAAGAGCAUAGCUUCUCUGAUGCUUCCUUUCCUGCACCUACACCACACUGAGCUCCCCACUGCCUUGCCCUUCAUUGACCACCAUUUCAUAUGGCAAAUGUGGAGAGGACUAUGGGAGGUAAGCAUAGCCCAAUUAUAUCUGCUUGCACAAUGGAACUUCCCCACUUCCUCCUUUCCCAAAUCAGCUCUGAAGGGUUAGGGGAACCCCUAGAAUAGAUUCAGGGCAAGAGGAGGGGGGAGUUUCAAUGCGCAAGUGAAAGUCUUUGCACUGACAGGACAUGUUACUAUUUUGGAUACAACCCUAUGUAUUUGAAUUAUCCCCAAUGUAGAAAUUGUUCCCUGCCGCUGGUCUGUCUUUGUGUGGGUGUAGGGAACUUUAUGGUCAUUGCUGCAGCAGACUAUGCCUUCAGGGCAGGCCCAAGAGCAUUGGUAGAGCUGUGCAGCUUUUAUGAGUCUGAAAUUGCAAUUCAUCGUGAGACUCAAGUUAUCAUUAUAAUAAAGCAACUUUCAAACCCUU